CAUAACAUACCAACUUCUAUGAACCAUUGUAUUUUUUUUUUAUUUUUUUUAUUAUUUACAAUAAAGCUGAGUGAAAAAAAAAAUUGGUGUCACUUUUUUUUUUUCUCUCUCUCCCCUCAAGGGCUUACGUCACGAGCGAGACCCCGCCCCCGUUUCACCGCCAGUCUGCUCCCGGCCUGCGCUGACUCCUGCGCUACAUGUAUGGUCGGUUCGGCAGUGUGUCAGCGCUGCGGUGGCCCCGACUCUCCUCCCUUGGUUUCCCUCGGGUCAUUCCGUACCGGGCGGAGCCUGGGGUCACAGCCAGGAUUGAGCUGGUCCUCGCCGGGCCGGGGCCGCCAGUGAAUCCCACAGAGUACUGUGGCUCCGGCCCCGGACCUUCUUCCCUGCGAGUCCGGUAGCCCCAACACUCCCCCCCGGCUGUGCCCCCACACCUCUCACCGGAGAGGAGCUUUCUCUGUCGGGCAAGGCACGGUAUGUCUGCCGCCUCCGCUGACAUGAUCGAGACUCCCCCCGUGCUGAACUUCGAGCAGAUCGACUACAAGGAGAUAGAGGUGGAAGAGGUGAGCUGGGGCCGGCGGAGGGACACUGUGCCAGGGCCAGGGCGGAGUGAUCUCUGGGAAGGUGGAUGGACAGUGUGACAGUGAGAGGAGGUCUCAGGGUCCAGGCAGAGAGGCUGUGUGUGGGGUGACAGCCCGGGAGAUGGAGGGACACUUAGCACACUGUGUCUACCCAGUCUGAGCCAUGCCUUUGGCACUCCAGAUAUUUGCAUUGCCCAAGGCUAAGCAUGAUGGGAGUGGUAGUUCCCAAACAUUUGGGGUGCGAGUGUUGGAUGUCCCAGUUCUAGACUGCUAAGCUAUCAGUAACAGUAAUGUGUCCAUAACCCCCUGCAGGUCUCCAGUGGUUGCACAUCAUAUUCUUCAUCACCCUAGGCAACUGUCUGCAAUAAACAGUUUACUGUAGCUAUAGAGAACCCCUCUGACACAAAAUUAAAAGGUUACUCCUAGCCACAGUACCAGUUUAGUGAUUUGAAGUGCCUGGAAUGUGUAAGUCCAGAAAUUGUGCACAUUUGGCGUUUUACCCCUUUUGCUGGCGGAUGUGUAACUUCACCUCUCGCAUUUUCAGAUUACCACAGGAAGAGUUUCAGGAUGGCUAUGGUUCAUUCUGUGCAUAUUUCUAUGCACAAAGUUAACUGGCUGAGCGCAGUCAGCUGACACUCUCGUCCAAUAUAUGGAUGACAGGAUCAGCAUUUAGCUUCUGCAGAAGCUGCAUGCGUAUUACUGACCAAAGAGGACUCUGUGUACAGCAAGGACCAACGAAUACUCUUAGUGUCCGGCAAGGGGCCAAAUCGCUGCCAACAAUUUGCCCCAUUAUUAGGAAAUGGGGCCAGGGCACUUCUGGCAUCAUAAUCAUUACAUCAGGCUGUAGUUGUUAUGGUGAUUGUUGUAACCCUUUAAGAUGCAUUUAAAGGGACACUGUAGGUACCCAGACCACUUCUGCCCAUUGGAGUGGUCUGGGUGCCAACUCCCACUACUCUUAACCCUGCAAGUGUAAUUAUUGCAGUUUUUUUAUAAACUGCAAUAAUUACCUUGCAGGGUUAAGUCCUCCCCUAGUGGUUGUCUACUAGACAGCCACUAGAGGGCACUUCCUGCUCCAUAGCACAGGUUUGCUAGAGCUUCGCUGGACGUCCUCACGUUGCUCAAUUCCCCAUAGGAAAGCAUUGAAAAAGUUUUCAAUGCUUUCCUAUGAAGAGCUCUAAUGCGCCCACCGGCUGACUUAAGGAAGAGGAGGAGCAACGGCAAGCAGCAACCACCGCCGAGGAGGAGCGGCGGGGGUCUCAGGUAAGUGACUGAAGGGGUUUUCACCUCUUCAGCUACCGGGGGUGGGAGGGAGAGGGGACCUGCAGUGCCAGGAAAACUGAUUGUUUUCCUGGCACUGGAGUGUCCCUUAAAGCAUUUCAUUUUAAUUUGAAAAAUAGGUCACUUUCCUCUAAUCCAAAAUAAGGCAGAUAACAGGUAAGAUCCAUGUUUUGGAUUUGGGAAAAGUUACCUAUUAAGUUGAAAUGAAAUGUUUAAAAGGAUACAUCACCAUAACCACUAAACCUUGAUGUGAUGAUUAUGAUGCCAGAAGUACCCUGGCCCCCUUCUGGUAAUGGGGCAAAUUGUUUGAAGUGGUUUGUCCUCUUGCUGAAAACGGAGUCUCAGUGAUAUUCAUUCAGCUUCUGAAACUAGAUGCUGAUCUCGUCAGCUCUUUAUUUGCUGGUAGUGUCAGCUGACUGCUCUCAGCCAAUGAAUGCAACUUUGUGGAGACCCGCUGAAAUAGCAGGGGUUAGGAACCAAGGGUAUAUAACUUAGGGAUUCCAAAAGCCCAGCCUACAUGCCACACUCCGUUCCAAAAUGAGCACAUGGUACUGUAAGUAGAUAAAUUAUUUUCUAUAUUUAAAGAGGAAACACGUUCUGUUCAGUGUAAAAUGAGUAAACAAAAUAUUUGACACAAAGAUAAGCUUUAGACAAGCAGGAAUAAGAGAUUAAGAUCUUGCUCAAAUGAGCUUCCGAAACUCUAUGUUAAUAUUUAUUAAAAAUAAUUGAGCUUACGAUCUUUCCUAUGGGACAUUAUGAGAUUUGCAGUAAGCCUGUGACUAUUGAGAAGCAAAAGAGCAAAUUGCAUCUAGUUUACCUUGACCACAAAAGUUAGAAAACACUCUCCCAAUAAACAUAUAGUGACACUAUAAUCACAAGAAUGACUACAGCUUAUUGUAUUUAUUCUGUUGAGUAGAAUCAUUGCCUUCAGACUUCAGAGAAAAAUCUGUGUUUACAUUACAGCCUAGUGAUCCCUCCACUGGUCACUCCUCAGCUUCUAAAGGUGCUUCCUGGGGCAGUGCUGCAUGCUAUACAGUAUUGAAAUAGUGUCUCCACCCUCUUCAUGGACACUAAACCUUCCUAAUAGAAAUGCUUUGAUGCAAUGCAUCUCUAUCGAGGGAUACUGAUUGGCCAUGGCUGUGUUUGGCUUGUGCUGGCUCUGCCCCUGAUGGGGGAUGAGGGAGGGUGUUUAGAUGGUGGUUUUUAAUACCAUAGGGUUUUGGAACACAUGUUUUUGUUCUUGACUCUAUAGUGUUACUUUAAUGCUACUAAGGCUACACAUGAUCUAACAAUUACAUAUUUAUUACCAGCUUUUAAAGACUGAUUUCUCACAUAUAAACUGAAAUAUUGAAAUUUUCUAAAUAAGCAGUUAUGAGGUGUCUAGAACUGACUACAAUUGUAGGCUAAAAUAAUAGUGUGGGAAAAUGUCUUGAUUGUGAGAGUUUUGCUGACUCAGAACCCUGAUUUUGGUCUAACUAUUAAAAAAAUGGUUUCACCCAGAACGAGGAGACAUCAUCUGUUGCCUAAUAGCACCCUGACCACUACAUUAGAAUGUAGUGGUUAUUCUUGGACUGUGAAUUUAAUUUUCUCAAUUUAAAAUGUUAAAGGAAGUUUCCAGCCUGGAGCUGACACUCUUUAACGUAAUAAAAGAAAAAUUAAGCAGGUAAAAAACAUACUUGAAAUUCCAUUAUGUGAUGCUACUUCUUAAGAGAUCCAGGAAAUGGCUGAAAUUCCCCAGCCAAUCUUGACUCUCCUGUGGUAUUAAAGGGACACUCCAGGCACACAGACCACUUCUGCUCAUUGGAGUGGUCUGGGUGCCAACUCCCAGUACUCAACCCUGCAACUGUAAUUAUUGCAGUUUUUUUAUAAACUGCAAUAAUUACAUUGCAGGGUUAACUCCACCUCUAGUGGCUGUCUACUAGACAGCCACUAGAGGGCACUUCCUUGUCCACAGCACAGAAGACCUGUGCUAGAGCGUCGCUGGAGGUCCUCACGCUAUGUGAGGACCUCCAGCGUCGCUCAUUUCCCCAUAGCAAAGCAUUGAAAAGCAUUUUCAAUGCUUUCCUAUGGGGAGCGCUAAUGCGCAUGCACGACAUUGCCGCGCAUGUGCAUUAGGUCUCCCCGGCCGGUGGGCGGGAUCAGUCUCGCCCACCGGCCGAUGCAAUCACAGGGAGGAGCGGCGGCGGAGGAAGAAGCAGCAGCAAUUGGGGGGUGGGUUUGUUUUCCUGGCACUGGAGUUUCCCUUUAAGUAACAAAGCAGUGCUUCUCCAAUUACUACCUUGUCAGUUAGUGUAUGUGAGAUAUGUAGAUCAGCAACCAAAAGGUUUUUUUAUUCAUGAAAAUACAUAAGAGAUAGCGGCUGCAUGUAUAUUAAUUUGCUGAAAAUUAUUUAAAAAAAAAAAAAAAUUUUUUUGCAAGUGAAGCUACGUGCAGAAUGAGCACUAUUAAGUUAAAUAGUAUUUAGUUUUUAACUUCUUUAAAUCAAAACUACAGUUAGUUUUUUUUUUUUUUUAAGUGACCCUUCCCCCUUUGUUUGAUUUAAAAUAACCCUUUUCUUAUUCAGUCCCCACUUGUCUUACUCCUCUUAAAUUGUUUUCAUCAAAUGCAUAAUGAAUGAUUGUGGAUGAGAAGCGAAUGCGCCGCAAGCGCUGCUCCUAUCCAGUCAAAUGCUUCUAACAGAAGUGUUUUUUAUGUGAGAAGCAUUGGAGCUGCAUGCAUUGUGCAGAUCUGACCUUCAACGUCCUCAUGCAAUGAGUCUAAAUUAGUUGCAGAUGCAAAAGCACCAUCUACUGUCAAAACGCCAAGGCACUGCACACAGACCAUUUCAUUGAGUGGUCCGAAUGCCUAUAGUGUCCCUUUAACAAGCUUUCCUCCACGUGCAUGCUGUACAAUUAAAUUAAUUCUGAAAAUGCACUUUAGCUUGUUUUUUGGUAACAAUUACAGUAUACAUGUUUCAUAGUAUAAGAACUUAGACUUGAUUUACAUAAUUUAUGAUGAUGUAGUCUUUUCUUUCCUAUUUUUGAUGAGUUACUGUGACUUGUUGAAAACAAAGAUAUGUCCUUUACUGUUUUAUGCUUGUAUAUCUGAAAUUUGUUUCUGUGAAAAACAUGAGCAGACUUAAAAAAAAUAUUGCUCUAAUGUUAAACUGUAACAUCUGUAUUUAGACAACAUGAAUUCUGUAAGUGUUUGUAAUUGUGUAGCUGAUCUCUCAAAGGCAUGCCUGAAAUAGCUUCUUUUUUUUUUUUUUAAUUUAUUUUAUAUUUUUGCAGUGCAAAAGUGUACAACAUGCUUGAGGUGCCCCAACAGCAAUCCACAAGCUAAUCAACAUAUAUAGAACAUUGAGACACAUGGAAAAAUGUGCACAAUUUUAUAAUUAUGAAUUUGUCAGGCUUUCAUGUCCUAGCUAUAUGCAAGUAUGCUAGUAGGUAAAGUGGUAGGCUAGCUAGACAUGUAAAUCAACCAGGAUAUUUUUUAUUUAAUAACUUGUCUAGGCUAUGCUGAUAAUUGCGUUGCACUGGAGUCCGGAGCAUGAAUACAAGGUAAUUUUAAGCCCCAAGUGUGGUAAACAUGGUUGGUUGGAUCCAUGUGUCUGUGUUUGGUGUAUAUGGGCACAAUGUUGAGAGUGCUAGAGACCCGAGGUUGCAUGCUUGUGACCGUCUCUGUUAUACGAUUACCUCCGUUGGGAUACAGCUGGAGCCCGUCGGCAGGCCUCUGAGGGCCGCAAUUGCACAGAUGUGAAUGAGGGUGUCCCUCCAGCCCAAGGCUGGCGUGUAGGCCUGCAUCUUUUUAACGCUGAUCUGGUGUCUGAUAAAGUCCAAGUUGCCUCCACGUGUGGGAGUGCCGGGGGGCUUGGUGUUCUGAUGCUUCUUGCGGAGCAAGCGCCUCCGCUUGUGUAGUUGAUGCCUCUGGGUCCGUGCUCUUGUGGCCUUCAGCCCGGGUGGGCCUGGAAGGUUGACGGUAUGUGCUUGUACCGGUGGUGUGACCAAGGGUGGCCCACUCACUUCCUGCUGUUUGCAGCACUGCUCACUCUUUGCUCGGAUGUCUUGGUGCUCUGUCUGGUUCGCCUGAGCACGUUCUUGCUGUCUCUCUCAGAAGCGCAGGAAGAUUUGUUCUAGGCUUUGUAGGGAAUCUGUGAUUGUACCGUGAUGCAGGCUCGUUAUUGCCAUAUUGUGAGCGCCACAAGGGAGACCUGAAAUAGCUUUUUAAACUUGCUUCUGGUUUUGUGGAACCUCACCUUGAUUUUAAAUUUGAUAUAUUUUCAAAUUAGUUUUAGUUACAUGCAGUAUAAUUGCUUCUCUGGAUUCACAUUUAACCUGUUCUUUAGCUAGUCUAAGGGACUAUAUUCUCAUUUAUAAAAUGUGUACCAUGCUACUCAUCAACAAUUAUUGUCUAGCUAGCCUUGAUAUCACUUUGCAAAUCCUAUUGGCCAUGCUUGGGAACAGGUUAAACAUAAAUACAUACAGAUGUUUUACAGGGCUUUUACAUGUUGUUUUUAGAUGUACCCACAAUGAAAGAAAUGCAACAAUUAAUGCAUGUUUUGCUUUGGUUUGUAUCUACUAAAUUGUUUAAAAAAUCCAUUGGAGUCUUCCUCUAGCUAGGCACCAUAGCUCACUGCAGGAGCUUCCAAGGGGUGCAUGAGAUUGCACAGUGUAUCAUAACUACAACAGCAGGCUGGCGGCCACUAGUGGAGUGGUUUUGUCCAAAGGUAAAAAAUAUAUAGCAUCAAUGCACCAAAAUCACUUUAAUAAGCCUACAUUUUUAAACAUCUGGGCUCUUUAUGAUUUUCUAUACAAACAAUAUAUGAUUAAGCUAUUGAUACUUUUAAAAAUGUAUUUAUUUAAAAUUAUUUAGUGGCUAUGUAAAUAUAAAACCUUAGCAGCCAUGAGAACAUUGCUAGUCAAGAACACACACACUUCUUUUGACAGACUGGUGGAUUGAUGGAAAAUUGGUUUCUUGUGUGUUUGCUUUGAAAUUAAUUCAGCCCAUUCCAAAUUAAAUGUGUUGCUUCCCAUGUGUCCCUAACUCUUGGCAUUGGUGACAUUUAGCAAUGUCACACUUGCAGCGUCUGUAGUUCCAGGAUUAAGCAAAUCUAUUCUGUCAUUUGAAAUCUAUGUAAUAGUAAUUUGACAGAUGACUAUAAAGAAGAUAUCUUACAUGUUAUCUCUGUGACCUUGUUGCCAUUUCUACAAAAAAGUCAUGCUGAUUACAAUAGGUGGCUUUUGACAGCUAUGCAUUUAUAUGAAAAAAUUAUUUAGUAAUAAGAAUAGUGAUUGUGAUUUAAAUGAAACUAAGAACCAAAGCCACUUUAUCUUAUUUAAAGGGACUGUAUAGGCUUCAGAACAACUUUAAUCUAAAUUAAGUUGUGAUGCUACGAGUCUACCAGGAGAAAUCUAACCUUCAAGGGUUAAACCAUUUUCGAACAGUUUAACCCUGAAGUUUCUCAUUCAGCGCUGGUCUCAGCAAACUCCCUGGCAGCAUUCGGCUUCUGAAUUUUCACUUACAGGAAGCACGGAUUGGCUGAUGGUCAGCCGACGCUCAAAGUCAAUCAGUGACUCACUAAACUGGCUUGAGAAAGGUACGUUUCUUUCCAAGCCAGUUUAGUGAAUGGGGAGUCACUGAUUGGUUUAGAGCGUCAACUCAGAAGCCAGAUGCCGCCAGGGGAGGGCUGAGACCGGUGGUUGAGGCAAAUUUGGUGUUAAACUGUUCGAAAACGGUUUAACCACUGAAUGUAAGAGGGCCUCCUGACACCAUAAACACUUCAUUUUAGAUUAUGUUUUGGUGCCUGGAGUGUUCCUCUUUAAGUGUUUGUGAAAAGGCCCUGUCCUUUUUCUCGUACCACCACUAAAGGUACUUUCGCCUUAAAUUUAAGGUGUUCACAUAUUUCAACAAUAUGCACAGCAUUGGUGAUACCAGGCCUCUAAUGCUUGUAGUGGAGAUGCACUGGAUUCAAUGGAUUGUCAUCCAUAGUCUAAAUUUAAAAAGAAAAAGAAACACGUAAGUUGACUAGGUUAACAAAUUCGUCUAUUAGUACUAUUUCAAUAAACAAAGUACUACACUAAACUAAUGAUAUGUAAGCCAUUAAUCUGAAGGCUUGAAAACAUUUUUUUUUUUUUUUUUUUUAAUUGAAACUUAUUUAAAUGGAAACUAUAGUCUCCAGGACCAUUACAGCUUAAUGUUUUGGUCUAUAGCAUAUUCCUGCAGGCUUAGCAAUGUAAAUGCUGCAUUUUCUCAUAGGAAAAGGCAGUGUUUACACUGCUGUCUUGGAACACCUCUAGUGGCAAUCACUCAGACAGCCAUUAGAGGUGCUCCCAAGUCCUGCAUGGAGAUGCUGAACACUUCCCAUAGAGAUGCAUUGUUUCAAUGCAUUUUUAUGAGAUGUUGCUAAUUAGCGCAAUGUUUUGCUUUGAAUGCGCAAUAGCCUCCCAAUGUUUUUCUAUGGGAAAACAUUUGAUUCCCUGAGAUCAUCUAGAUUGAUGAUCUCCGUCAUGGAGGGAUGGCAGCCACGGCUAGAUUGGCACAUUGGUGGAAAAAAAGGUUUAAUGUACUGGUUCUGGUGUCUAUAGCCUGUCCCUGCAGGCUUUCAAGUGUAUACACUGCCUUUUCAUAGAAAAGGCAGUGUUUAUAUUGCAGCCUAUUUACAUCUCCAGUGGCAGUCACUCAGGCGACCACUAAAGUGAUUCCUAUCUCAGUGCUGCACAGUGCGCAGAUUGUUCCCCAUAGAGAUGCAUUGAUUCAAUGCAUCUCUAUGUGGAGAUGCCAAUUGGUGCAGCGUUUUUACCUUCCCAAUUCUUUCUUAUGGAAAAGCAUUGCAUUGGCGGUGAUCAUCAAGCUUGAUGAUCAUAGCCUUAAAGGUGGGUCCAGCUAUGUAGAGAUUGCAAAAAAGGUGAAUAAAAAAAGAGAUUCCCACUCAAUCGGAGGGGGUUGGUCACCUAAAUAUACACACACUUACUGACAAACAUACACACACAUAUACACUGUCAGACACAAACAGAUACACAGGCAAACAUACUGAGAGACAUAUACACAGUCACAAAGUAUUAUAUGGUUUAAAUUCAGUUUUAUUCCACCCAGCCUCCCUACCUUUGGGAGAGUUGGAGUGGAUCGGCUUUCCCUGGGCUCCAGUGGGCGGCUGGUGUUCUAUCAAUAAACCCUACCCCGAAAGAAUUCUCUACUCCCGUCACUUCAGUUGACACUGGGCCACCUGUAGUGAGCCAAAUCAGCUGUAGAUCAGCUUAUCUGUGUGCAGUGUCUGCUUACAACCAGGAGGGUGGGAUGAGAUUGUUGCAAUGCGCCGUGCAUUGUCUGGUCCAGCGCAUGCGUACAACAAAGCUGAUUCAAGUGCGUGCACACUACUGCCGUGAAAAUACCCAAUCCUAAUACUGCACUCGCAAUGUUCCUGUACCAGAGCAUGUGCUGUGCACGCUCACAGCGCACUGUGACAAUCCCAUAUCCUCUUUCUAGUGUGGUGCAGGUGCCCCACACAGGUAAACUGACCUACAGCUGAUUCAGCUCACCUCUGUUAUGCCCGCAUCACCGGAAGUGAUGGGGCUUGGGAGUUUUCACAGGGUAGGAUUUUUUUGUUAGAACACUAACUGGGGGAGAGUGACAGUAGGCAGGUGGCAAGGGAGCUGUGAUCUUCCCUCGCGUGCUGCUUAGAGAUGCUAGGGCCAAAGUGACGUCAUAUUCCGGAUCGUUAAGCGGCACAUGAGGAAGCAGAGCAGAAAGAUCACAGCUCCCUCACCGUCUGCUUACAAAAUGCGCAACCAGCCACCUGCCUGUGAGGGAACGGGCUCACAAAUCAAGACAGAAUUCCAUGGCGACCAGGCGCCUGGGUUUCUCAAGUGUUAAGAAUACAUGUUUUUAUUCCGAACACCAUAGUUUACUACUAACUAUUGCUCUCUGUUCCAGUAUAAAUGUUGCAUGUUCAACUACGCUGGCAGAUGGGAUAUCACAUAGAACUGAAGUCCUAUUUCAUGAGUAAGUGAAUUUAUUGGAAAUGUUGCCAAAAGGAAGAAGAAUAAUGUUGUAUCUAGCUACCUUCAUAAUUCAUGAAAACAUUUGUUUCCCAGUGGAGUGUUUGUUAGCCAUACUUCAGAGUUCUUUGGCAGGGUCAGUAGUACAGUUCUUCAGGAUCAGGAUGAGCAGUAGAUGUGUUUAUUGUUCCUCGUAUAUACCUUGUGAAAAGUUGGAUAUCCAGGGGGAUAAAAACACUGAAUAUAUCUUAUUUUUUUUUUUUAAUAAAUACCAUGUUGUGGUGUGUGAGAAAUGUAUAAUUAAAUAUUUAGUUUAAAGGAGCACUAUAGGGUCAGAAACAAAAACUUGUAUUUCUGACCCUAUAGUAUUAAAACCACCAUCUGGCCUCCCUAAAUAUAGUAAAAUCUUACUUGUAUUCAAGUCUGCAGUUCCUGGUUCUGCCCCUGUUUGCCUGUGAACCGCCUCUGUCUACUGACCUCAUCAGAAGUGGUGCUCUGAGACAAUCACUGUGCUUCCACAUAGGAUUGGCUGAGACUGUCAAGGAGGCAGAUCAGGGGCAGAGCCAACACAAGUCAAACACAGCCCUGGCCAAUCAGCAUCUCCUCAUAGAGAUGAAUUCAAUCUGUGCAUCUGUAUGAGGAAAGUUUAGUGUCUUCAUGCAGAGGGUGGAGACACUGAAUUGCCAUGCUGCUUACUCUGCAGCACUGCCCAAUGAAGCACCUCUAGCAGCCAUCUAAGGAAUGGCCAGUAGAGUUAUACCUAGACUGUAAUGUACACACUGCAUUUUCUCUAAAAGAACGUUUUUACAGCAAAAAGCCUGAAGAGAAUGAUUCUACUCACCAGAGCAAAUGCAAUAAGCUGUAGUUGUUCUUGGGAUUAUAGUGUCCUUUUAAUUAUAUACUUUAUGUUUCUUUGUAAUUUCCCCUACAAACAAGUAUUGAUAAUGUACUGCAAGUCAUGUGCUCCUUUUUUUUUUUUUUUUUAAUAAAGAAUUAUAGUUUUUCUCUUUGUUUAUUGCCAUUUAAAAUUUUCAAAUGUCCUUGUAUUUAAACAGGUUGUUGGACGAGGAACCUUUGGUGUUGUUUGUAAAGCAAAAUGGAGAGGAAAAGAUGUUGCUAUCAAGCAAAUCGAAAGCGAAUCAGAAAGGAAAGCUUUUAUAGUUGAGGUAUUAAUUGUCACAUGUUUUUUCCUAAAAAAAAAAAAAAAUAGUUCUUACUUGUCGCUGUUUCCUUUGCCCUCAACCAGUCAUGGACAGUAAGGUGCAUCAUUAAAGUUCAAUAAUGCUUUCAACAUAAGUUGAUCAUAAGAAAAUUCAAGGGUGCUUAUGUUAAUUUGUCAUCUUCUCUCAUUAUUCACUAAAGUGAGAAUUCAAAGUGAAUUUCAAAUUUAAGGCCAGAGUAGUUGAACUGAAAGCAUAGCUAGAACAUUUUCCAGUUUAGCUUUUUUCUCCUCUCUUGGUUUAUUUAACCUUUUAUGUCAUUAUAUCGGCAUAGCGGUAAAGACUACAGAUAUGCUGCCCGUAGGCCUAGUAUGCCACCAAAUGGACAUUGGAGGCCGAGUUUUAUGUUCUCAUCACCCUCCUAUUUGCAGUUGAAUUUAAAUAAUUGGGACGCAAUACAAUCUGUGCUUACCGAAAGGACUUAUGUUUACUUCCCAACAUCAAACAGUGUACGUGAAAAUAUAAAAAUCUCGUUGCAGUUCAAUAAAUAUCUGUUAGAGGCUUCCACAACCAAUCAUUCUGUUUCAUUUUUCAGCUCCGGCAGUUGUCACGUGUGAACCAUCCAAAUAUUGUAAAAUUGUAUGGAGCAUGCCUAAAUCCAGUAAGUUCUCUUUUUGUUUUGUUUAAUUGUGUAAAAAGUUUUUUUUUAAAAAGGCCUACGUUAAUUUAACAUCUUGCACAUCUUUAAUCUGAGGUGAGGCUUGUUCAUCUUAAAUGUAUGUUUAAUCACUCCUCCAUAGACUCCACACUUCGUGCCAUGACUUGUGUAUGCACCCAUACCUGAAAAUUGUGUAUAAAUAAUUACAAAUUAAAUGAGUUUAUUGCAAACUAAUUUAGUUUGAGCUCUGACUGCAAUCUUGGCAUAAUUUGCAAAGAGCAGUGACACAGGAAGCCUCAAUGCAGUCUUUCAGAGACUAGGUCUCUGUUUACAGUGCGAUGCUGGCUGGACUGCCCUUCAUUUGAACUUUUCUGUGUCUGUCGGUGCAAUGAACUAGCCUCAAUUUACUCUCUUUAUGGUUCCUUUCUCUUUACGUCCGCUCCGUCAUAGAGGAGGAGCCGGAACAUGAAGCGAUAAGAAGGUGAGAGCUGUAGCAGCUAUCCUUUUGUGAGUUAAAGCAGCCGAUGAAUGAUUCACUCACUGUGUUCUGACACAGCAAUUUGAGCUGCAGUAGUUCUUCUGUGUGAUCAGAACAGUUGGGCUAUCCUUUGCUCCCCAAGUGCAUCAAUGGGCCUUGAGUGUACAUGACCCUGACACCUGUUAACCAGUUGUCCUUCCAUGCACCACUCUUGGUAGGUACUAAAAACUGCAAAUGAGGUACUCCCCACAAGACUUGUCGUUUUGAAGAUGCUCUAACCCAGUUGUCUAGCCAUCACGAUUUGGCCCUUGUUAAAGUCACACGAUUUGGCCCUUGUUAAAGUCACUCACAUCUUUUCGCUUUCCCAAUUUUUUUAUUUUUUUUUUCCUGCUUCCAACACGUGAAGUUCAAGAACUAACUGUUCAUUUGCUGCCUGAUAUAUCACACCCCCUCACAAGUGGCAUUGUAAUGAUAUAAACAACUUUAUUCACUUCACCUGUCAGUGGCUUUAAUGUUGUGGCUGAACAGUGCCAUGAUUCGUAAUCAGUCCUGUUCAUUGCUUGGCACUGUGCUGGAAACUCUAGUAGCAUGUGUCCAGACAUUAAACACAGUUAUCAUCUAUCUCUGUAUAAUGUCUGGGUAUCUACUCACAGAGCUGCUUGCUGGCUGUCUUGCUCUACCAGCACAGCUCUGUAUACAAGAAGACAACUUGUGUCAGUGCCUGUCAGUGUGCGCGAGUCCAAAGUGCAACAACAUAAACUGGGAAUGUAUGGGACCAGUGUGAGUGAAUUAUUGCAAUAUGUAGGGACAAAAUGUUUUGCAUGUGCAGAAAUGUUAUUUAGUUACUAUAGUUUUCUUAACUAACUUCAUUAUUUUUUAAUUUCUGUGUUUUUCCUGUCCAAAAAAAUAUAGAUUUUUUUUUUUUCUUUUUCCUGUAUGCUUAGGUAGCACAUUAUUCAAUGGAAACACUACUAAUUGGGACACUGAAAACAAUGGGGGUUUUUUUGUUUUUUUUUUGCAAAUUGCUUGGUAUUGAAGGGGUUAAAGAGCUACCAUUAAAGUGAUCCUCCAUCAGGCAGCCACGAGGAGUGACCGUUUGUACUCCGUAGUGGGUUGAUGUAUAAUUACUUCAGCUGUUAAUUCUUAACAGAAGACCAUUUAUACAGGUUUAUAAUAAAAUGUGUUUUGUAUAGAUGAAUUCAGAAAUUAGUUGUUUUUUUGUUUUUUUUAGGUAUGUCUUGUUAUGGAAUAUGCAGAAGGAGGCUCAUUAUACAAUGGUAAGAUAAAACGGUCUAUCAUAGAUAUUUCUGUCUAAAUAUGAAUGCACCCAAUCACAUUCUGGCCAAAAUUAUGGGGAUACAGCUAUUUCACCUUCUCACACGGGUAUUGCAAUCUCCAUAUACAAGCAGUGGCAGUUGACUGUCAAAGGAUGGCAUCUUUGCAACCUGUCACCUGAUUUGCUUGUCAUUGGAUCAUUAUAAAUGUGUACUUGGCUGCUUGUAGAUGAAAAAUACUCUUUAACCCCGCCACCCACAUCCUGUAUUAAAAGAGCUCGUUCUUUCAUAAAUAAUGCCAAAAAGCCAAAAGCUUCCUUCUUCCAUCAAAUGUGAACCUGGAUUUUUAUACAGAGAGGAGAAGAGGAUUGCUCACUCCACUGCCAAAAUACAUAGUUACAUAGCUGAAAAGAGACUUGCGUCCAUCAAGUUCAGCCUUCCUCACAAAUGUUGUUGCUGUUGAUCCAAAAGAAGGCAAAAAACCUGGUCUGAAGCGCUUCCAAUUUUGCCACAAACUAGGAAAAAAUUCCUUCUUGACCCCAAAAUAGCAGUCAGAUGUCUCCUUGGAUCAAGCAGCUAUUACCCCACUAAUUAGAAAUUAUAUCCCUGUAUGUUAUGUUUUUGUAAGUAUUUAUCCAAUUUCAAUUUAAACAUCUGUAUGGACUCUGACAAAACCACCUCUCCAGGCAGAGAAUUCCAUAUCCUUAUUGUUCUUACUGUAAAAAAAACUUUUCUUUGCCUUAGAUGAAAUCUCCUUUCUUCCAGCCUAAAUGUGUGACCCCAUGUCCUAUGUAUAGCCCUGUUUAUGAAUAGAUUUCCAGAUAAAGGUUUGUACUGGCCCUGAAUAUAUUUGUAUAAAGUUAUCAUAUCCCCUCUCAGGCGCCGUUUUUUCCAAACUAAACAGAUUUCAUUUUUUUUUAACCUUUCUUCAUAACUAAAAUGCUCCAUUCCUUUUAUCAAUUUUGUAGCUCGUCUCUGACCCUCUCCAGUACCAUGAUAUCCUUAUUUAGAACAGGCGCCCAAAAUUGCACAGCAUAUUCAAGGUGUGGUCUUACCAGCAAUUUAUAAAGAGGCAAAAUUAUAUUUUCAUCCCGAGAAUUUAUGCCCCUAUUUAUACAUGACAAAAUCUUACUGGCCUUAGCAACUGCAGAUUGACAUUGCAUAUUGCUGCCUAUAACAAUUCCCAAAUCCUUCUCAACCUCACUAUUUUGUUGAUAUACCACAAGUGAAAACAUGCAUUUAUUUUUGGAGUAUAUCUACAGCGACUUGCAAAAGCGUCAGCAUUUGGAAGCUGUGCCUUCUUCCCCAGACCCAGGUUUACUGUAGUCGUCUGAUCAUAGACUUCAUAAUGCAGCUCAAUUAGAAUUCAUUGCAAUGCAUGUGUUCUGGGCACUUACCUGUCUCUUGUUUAGCUCCAUUAAACUAAACUAUCAGGAAGUAGCAGAACCGAAUGAUUUUGCUCACCAGAACAAAUACAAUAAGCUUUAGUUCUUCUGGUGACUAUAGUGUCUGUUUAAGAGGUCUGGAGUGUCCCUUAAAGGGUUUACAUGUACAAUUUCUUACAAUUAUUUAUUCACCUUUGUAAUCUGCCAUGCAUUUGAUAUUUUUCUCCUCUUCUUGCCUUGUUAUGCAGUCCUGCAUGGUGCUGAGCCAUUGCCUUACUACACAGCUGCCCAUGCAAUGAGUUGGUGUUUACAAUGUGCCCAAGGAGUUGCAUAUCUGCACAGCAUGAAACCAAAGGCUCUAAUUCACAGGGACCUUAAGCCACCAAAGUAAGUAGCUGUUUACCAUUUAUAGGCUUCUUGCCCUUUUUUAAUAGAUUUUCUGUUUUGCAUCCCAGCGCCAGCCAAACAGCAGUUUUGUUGUGUUUUCUGACCAUAAACUGAGUAACCUUCAAUAAGUAUGAGACAAAAGAAUGUUUUCCAACAUUAUUCUAAACCUUGGUUGUAAAUUGCUAGUAAGAAUUAUUUAUUUUAUUGCUAAUUUGGUAUUGCUAAGUUCUCGUUGAUAGGGCAGCACGAUUGUUCUAACAUGGAUGCUCUUAAAGCAACAUUUCAAACUGCACUAUAGUGUUUAUGGUGUUUGGAGUGUUCCUUUUAGUAUCUUUAAAGAAUUAGCUAAACUUCAAAAAUCUGUACAAGCAGCAGGGAUGACCGCAGCCUGGAGAGGAUUGACAGGAAAAGGCCAUUCAAAAGUGUUGGGGAGUUUAACAAAGAGUGGACGGAGACUGGAGUCAGUGCAUCAAGAGCCACCACACACAGACGGAUCCUGGACAUGGGCUUCAGAUGUGGUAUUCCUCUUGUCAAGCCACUUCUGAACAACAAACAACGUCAAAAGCGUCUUUCCUGGGCUAAAGAAAAAAACAUACCUGGUCUGUUGCUCAGUGGUCCAAAGUCCUCUUUUCUGAUGAGAGCAACUUUUGCAUCUCAUUUGGAAACCAAGGACCCAGAGUCUGGAGGAAGAAUGGAGAGGCACACACUGCAAGAUGCUUGAAGUUCAAUGUGAAGUUUCCACAGUCUGUGUUGAUUUGGGGAGCCAUGUCAUCUGCUGGUGUUGGUCCACUGUGUUUCAUAGAGUCCACGUUCAACGCAGCCGUCUACCAGGAGAUUUUGGAGCACUUCAUGCUUCCUUCUGCAGAGGAGCUUUAUGGGGAUGCUGACUUCAUUUUCCAGCAGGGCACCUGCCCACACUGCCAAAAGCACCAAAGCCUGGUUCAAUGACCGUGGGAUUACUGUGCUUGAUUGGCCAGCAAACUCGCCUGACCUGAACCCCAUUGAGCAUCUAUGGGGCAUUGCCAAGAGAAAGAUGAGACACGAGACCGAACAAUGCAGAAGAGCUGAAGGCCGCUAUUGAAGCAUCCUGGUCUUCCAUAACACAUCAGCAGUGCCACAGGCUGAUAGCUUCCAUGCCACCCCGCAUUGAGGCAGUAAUUGCUGCAAAAGGGGCCCAAACCAAGUACUGAGUCCAUAUGCAUGCUUAUACUUUUCAGAGCUCCGAUAUUGUUCUAUGUACACUCCUUGUUUUAUUGAUUGCAUGUAAUAUUCUAAUUUACUGAGAUUGUGGAUUUGGGAUUUUCAUGAGCUGUAAGCCAUAAUCAUCGCACUUAUGACAAAUCACGGCUUGAACUAUCUUGCUUUGCAUGUAAUGCGUCUAUCUCAUAUAUUAGUUUCCCCUUUUACAUUGCAUUACUGAAAUAAAUGAACUUUUGCACGAUAUUCUAAUUUUUCGAAUAUCACCUGUAUAUAGAUUGGAGUAGUAUCAUGUGGGAAAAUAAUAUUCCCUUUGCUCCACCCACUCCAUAUAUUUAACUUCCUUUAUAAGCAUCUUAACUAUAUAUUUCUCAAAAUAGUUUUUUAGUCCUUUCGGUCUCUGUAUAAUUUUCUAUUCCAAGCUCAUUUUCUUCUCUACAUAAAGUAGGUCUUCACAUAAAUAAGAUGCAGAUAGAUACUUGUGUACUAUACACAAUUCUGAGCAAAUUAAUUGCAUAUAUCUUUUAUUCAAGCUUUUUGUUUUUAAAUUUUUAAAACCUGUGCUGUUACAGUAUAGUGAAAUGGCUUAACACCUUAGGAACAUUGUCUGUUCUUUCAAAUGUCUCAAACAUUUAUUAACUGUGAAGCUUUAUAGAGCUAAAUAAGGAAUAUGUAGAAUGUGUAUGUGUGUGAAUAUAUAUAUAUAUAUAUAUAUAUAUAUAUAUAUAUAUAUAUAUAUAUAUACACACACCUUAAAACAUGCUGCAAGCCACACCUUGAGUUACAAGGCCAGAGUAUACUCACCAGCAAUUAAUUUCUACUCGCAUUGCUAAAUUUUUCACUCGCUAGUGGCAAUUGGAAAUUUAUAUAAAUUAACUGUAGGAACCAGACUGUGAUGUCAGCGUAAAAUGCCGUUGGCACUUAUGGUUGAAAACUAAUUCAGUCAACUCUCCAAACUAUCACUUGUUCCUUGUUUUAUAGCUUGCUACUAGUGGCUGGAGGCACAGUUCUGAAGAUAUGUGACUUUGGGACAGCCUGUGAUAUCCAGACACACAUGACUAACAAUAAAGGGAGUGCUGCUUGGAUGGCGCCAGAGGUUUUUGAAGGUAAAUUAUUGUUUUAUAUUGGCUUCAUUGCUCUUUUAGAAUUGUAUAGUGAAAUUUGACUUAUGUGUUCAUAAAUACACAAUAUGCACCUUAUGCAUUUUAGUCUAAUUUUUGACCUAAGUAAUUGUCCAUUGUGUUUUGUUUUUGUACAACACUGCAAGAUAAGUGUGUAUUUAUAUAUAAUAUACACACAUACAGUGUGUGUGUGUGUAUAUAAAUAUAUAUUUUUAUAUACACACACACUCUCUCACAAAACACUUAUCUUGCAGUGUUGUACAAAAACAAAACACAAUGGACAUUUACUUUGGUCGAAAAUUAGACUAAAAUGUGGUAUAUAUAUAUAUCACAGAUUGUUGUUGGUCAUAGAUUUGGACACGCACAGUCAUUUAUGCAGAUACAGACAGGCUUACUUGCAGGCACUGUGGAACUAGUGGACUUUCCAUAAGUUAAUUAUCCCUCAGAAACUGUAUGUAUCGCUCCCCAGCUCUGAUACUGCUGGAAAUGCUGUUAUUCUAUGGCCCUUAUUAUGUAUUGUCUUGUCCUUUCCGGAACAUGGAAGGGAGCCGGAUAGCCAAAGCAAAUGCAGCUUACCAGUAAAUUUUGGCACAGUGCGCAUGUGGAUACUUUGCUUUAUUGAAAAUCUCCCAAAAGCAAGGGGAUAAAUAGGUGUGUGUAUGUAUAUACUCACAUACACAACACACACAAAAUCCCACGCGCUCACAAAGUGUAAUAAUUAUUUUGUUUGUUUAUCCUGACUUGACAAAAAUAAUUGCGAUUUAGUUACAAUAUUACACUGCAUAAGCCUGCCACUAACUAUUUAUUUUACACCCGAGAGAGUCCACGAGUUCGGACACAUAUUGUUACUGACAAGAGCACCUCAUAAUAGUUAGUGAAGUCUGAUCUUAUGUCCUGUCAUGUAAAGGUUUUUAGGAUAAGUAGGUUAUCCCCCAGCAGCAGUUCUCCUCAUCACAUAGGAUGGGGUAAAUCUUCUGUAUAAAAUGAUAUCUGCAAUACCAAAAAGGUUCCACUCCAUUAUUUUUCCACUGCUUUAGAUAUAAUGUAACUGAUUUUUGUCUUCAACUUGCCAUGAGAAAUACUUGCCUACAGCUGUCACUCCUCUGUUUGUACAUCUUUCCAUUGAGCCUCGUCUCCAUUUCUUAGCACAUGAAGCUACCAAUUGUUUCCUGAUGUAUUUACGUUAUUUCAAAAAAAAAAUUCAAAAAAGUCACAAAUACAAAACCUGUUUCAGAAUAGCAGUGAAUGAUGAAUAGUGAGACAUAUUGUAUUUUAUUUGCAUUAGGUAGCAAUUACAGUGAGAAGUGUGAUGUGUUUAGUUGGGGUAUCAUCCUUUGGGAAGUAAUAACCAGGAGAAAACCGUUUGAUGAAAUCGGUGGUCCUGCUUUCCGGAUAAUGUGGGCCGUUCAUAAUGGUGAGUUAAACACGUUCUGUUUGCAAUCUAUAUUUUCUAAUUGAAAUGCUUCAGCAAACCAUGCUUCUAAUUGUAUCCUAUAUCCACCUUUGUACCUCGCUUUCUCUGUUCUAAAAUACACAAUUCUUCCUGCUGGCUACUGUAUAGCAAUAUAUAAUGUCAGGUUUCACUCAUAAUUAAACUUUUUUGAGAAAAGUCUUUAGUGAGGACUAAAAUAUUGAUCCACUACUAACAUAUGUCUGCUUAAUAUAAUAGAGAAUAAGCCAAAGCACACCAGAUUAUACUUGCACAUAAAAUGUUUGUAUUCAUUCAGUGAUUUAAUAAAAAUUGUACACAGAAAGUGCAAACAGCAAUAUAGGCAUGUAGACACAAAUGACCUAUCUACAUACAUAUCGAAUACAAAGAUAAGUGCUCAGUUAAUGAAACCCACAAACCUAUUGCAAUACAGGCAUACUAACCCAGAGCAGAAGAUAAAGCAACCUCAACAUUUCAGCGUCUAGCCUUCCUCAAGGGGCAUCUAAACACCCAGCACCCUUUCACCACACUAUCACCCAUUUUAAGGUUGAGCUCUCACUAUAUAAUUGUAUAUGCUUAAUAUAAGAAAGGAGCGUUAUACAUACCAUAUAUGUUGUCGUUCCCAUAAUAUAUUUUCAUUAUAUUAUGUUUUAACCUCCGAUGAUACUCCAAGCACUAUGACCACAUCAGUGGUUUGAUUUCUGGAUGUGCAGUAAGAAACGCUGCACAUAAAUAGAUCGUAUGGAUAGCUGCUGGAGGAUGCAUGUCUCCAGGCACACUAACCGUGCUCAGGGCGCAGCGUGACCCAGGUAAGAUGCCAAGCUGUUAUCACCAUUACAGGGGAAUGGCAUCAGGGCACUCCACGAAACAUAACCGCUGCAGUGGUUGGAGUAACCGUUUAAUUUGGUACAACAUUUUUAACAGUAAAAUAAAAGUAUAACCUAUAUCUUGAUAACGCCUUCUAACAAAUGUAAGGCUGAAUAUUUGGAUGAAUAUGUACAUGUAGGUAACAUUGCUUGGAAGAAACCAAUGUCUUACAAAAAAAAAAAACUAAAGUGAUAACGUGCAAGUCCAUUAUAUGUAUACAUGUUUUUUUCUAUUCUGAAUGUCUGGAAAUAUCCCCCAAAAAAGUAAAAACAAAUGAACCUGAUCUGUAGAAAGCUGCUUUUUAAAAAAACUGUAUUUAGUUGCUUUUGAAUGUAAAUAAACAGAGCAUGAAUUAAAGUUCAAAAUCUACUUAAGUUGGUGCCUGAAAUAUCUUUUUAAAAUGUGUAUUCCUCCCCGAUUACAAAAUGAUCACAUUUCUUUUAUUUUUAAACACUCGCCAUGCUAGGGUAGGAUAAAAGCUGACUGUUAAAUAAGGGUCUUAGUGUUUGCUAUAGUUGAUGAUUAGAUGUCAAACUUGUAAAGCCACUUUUGUGAUUUAAUUAUUUCCAAAGGCUACAGUUGUGUUCAUCUAUGAUUUAAUUCAUCUACUUAAUUAGCUCUUUUUAUGAAUUCCCAGGUACUCGGCCACCGUUAAUUAAAAAUUUACCUAAGCCCAUUGAAAGUUUAAUGACUCUGUGUUGGUCAAAAGAUCCCCCACAACGACCUUCCAUGGAGGAAAUAGUCAAGAUAAUGACACAUCUAAUGCAGGUAUGUAAUUUAUUGUCUUGUAGUUUGUUUGGGUUAAAUGCUGUAUUUUUUUUUUUUUCUUUCCAAUAGCAUUUGUCUUUUACGUUUAUACUUGGGAAGGGGGUUUGAAAUUAAAUCGAUAUAGUGAAAGUGUUAAAUCUCUCAUCAGCAUUGAUGCAUGGUCCAAACAUUUCCUUUCUUUUAAAACCAGAAAAACAUGUUUCAAUAAUUGGACUCAUUAAAGGCAAAAGAAGAAAGUGGGGCAGUGAUUGGUGACCCUCUGGUUUCACCUGCUUUUAGUGUAAGGAUUUUUUACAUGACCGCACUCUCUUGUGCAAGUGUAGUACUAUAAUUGCCAGAUAAUGCAAAUUGUUCAAUGACUCAAUCGAGUUUACAGAUUAUCUAGUUUGUUUGUUUGUUUGUUUGUUUUUUUAAUACAUUUAUUUAAAAAAAAAAAAAAUAAGUUUGUGUUUUUAAAAGUAAAAUGAAAUUGUAACAAAUAUUGAUAACAUCAUAUAACAAAUACGAGAUUUAAAUAUUUUGGAUACAUAUGUGAAAUAAGAACACCAAAUGAGGAAAGUGAGAGUCUAAUAAAAAAAAAAAAUAUAUAUAUAUAUAUAUAUAUAUAUAUAUAAUUUAUAAUUUGUGCUCGGAAUUUAAUACGUAAUGGAAAGUAUCUGAAAGGGCAAAGUUGGUUGUGGUGUGCCAAAACCAACGUACGAGUGUGCCUGUAAAUAAGAGGGCCCACCAAGGAGAAUGUAAUGAUAACAGGGUGUAGGUGGGUGGGGACAAUCAACUGAACCGGCAGAGAUGAGUAGGGGCUGGGAGUUUAAGUAGGGGACUUACUCCUCCCACAAAUUCAGGCCUAAUGGCCUUUCUACUUGUGCUCAGAAUUUAAUACGUAAUGGACAGUAUCUGAAAGGGCAAAGUUGGUUAUGGUGUGCCGAAACCAACGUACAAGUGGGCCUGUAAAUAAAAGAGGGCAAAAGAGAAGUUCGAGAAAAUAUACACUUUUUUGCCUUUUUUACAUAACCAAGUUACUGAAGCUUGACGAAGCUCUUUCUCUGGUCGCUGUAUAUAAGUAUGAUAUAUGGAGGAUUUCCAACGACCCAGUCUCUUGAUGAUGUGGACUGGGGUGUUUGUGCUAGAGGCUGAUGAAGCGGCUCCUCUGCGGAAUGAGUGCCCGGAAAAAGAAGCCGGAUUGUAACCCAGUUUGGAUAGUAGUGUCCUGACGUGUCGUGAAUUUAGCCGUGGUGAGCGGGUGCCCUUGUAGUGGUAAGAGCGGAGAGUCUGGUAAGUGCGCGUGAUGGGUUGACCGUAGGUGAUCUAGCGCGUUGACCGGACACCAGGCAUUAUAGGUAGGGAAGAGAGGAAUUAUGGUGGGGUGUUGUGAGUGGUUAGUUUUAGUUGAUGGGAUCGUAAGUAGGUAUUGAUCCUCCACCUUAGUGAGGUGUGAUGUUUUUAGGCUGUGCGUGAUAUCUCCUUGACAAACAACGGUGAACUCUCUGGGUCUGAGAAAACCGCAGAAAGCAAGAUAAAUAGCUGAUUUGAUGACCAGGUUUGUGUUGGGAUCGAACGGAGAUUCAUCAAGGAGAUUGCUAAGUGAUCUAAAGAUAGGUCCAUCUAUAGGUAGUCUUGUAGUGGUGAGUGGAACCGAAACCUUUAAUAUACCUUUCAGGACCUUUUUAAUGGGAGAUGAUGACAAGAAGGGGGUGUUAGGAAAAUUGGUGAGGCUAUGGUGCUGAACCCCAGUGAGGUAAAGUUUAAUGGUGUUGUGAGAAAGUUUAAGAUGUAAGUGGCAGAAAGAGGCAAAAGCCACCAUGGUUUGUGUAGAGAAGUCGCCUUGUAAACCGAAUUCUGCAGUGAAUUUGUUAAAAAUGGUAAAUGCCCUAUUGUAUGAGAUAGCUGUGUUGGGUGAUAGUGCUUGGUGAGUGAGAGUCCUAGCGUGGUGCAUAAGUGUGCUUAAUCCAGGAUUAGUUUGUGAAAUCGUGGUCUACUGGAUGGCUGGUGGUGAGCCGUAGGGAGUGCCUGGAAGAAUACCUGGAAUUGAGAGCGAGAGAGCAUCAGCGGCCGUGUUGUGGGUGCCCGGGAUGUGAAAACAAACUAUAUGAAACUGGACGGUUGCUGCCAGCCGGGUCAGCUUGCGAAUCAGUAGCAUGAUGGUAAGGGACGAUGAGCGCCCCUUGUUUAUGAUUUCGCAAGCCGCCGAGUUAUCAGAAUAACAUUUUACUGCCUUGCCGGACCAGAGAUGACCCCAGGUGUGUGCGGCCGCCACGAUGGGAUAAAUUUCGAAUAGGGCUGAGGUCUCCCUGAAUCCUGGCAAGGCAUCUGUCUCAGCGGGCCAGUGACUCCUGAUCCAGUGGUUCCCGAAGAUGGCUGCAAAACCCGUGUUGGAUGCAGCGUCUGUGUGGAUGAUGGGUGAACAAGUGGAGAGAGGGGGGAUAAACAUGGAGAUACCGUUCCAAUCUGCCAAAAAACUUCCCCCACAUAGCUAAGUCAGCCUUUGCGUGGGGGUCCAAAGAAACUGGGCAAGAGUCCGGUACCCUGUGGAGCAGGCAAAGAAGCCUGGAUUUAAAAGACCUUCCCUGCGAGAUGAUGCGCAUAGCAAAGUUAAGGGAUCCCAGAAGGGACUGAAGUUCCCUUCUGGUGAAAACAUAAUUCCGCAGGAACAUGUCUACCUCCCCUCUCAAGCGGAACAGUUUGUCGUGGGGAAGGCUAGCUCGGAGGGUAACAGUCUAGCUCUAUCCCCAAAAAGGUUAAUUUAGUUGUGGGGCCGAUUGUUUUUGAUGGAGACAAUGGUACGCCAAGUGUGGGGAAAAAAGUGCUGUAGUACUGCUGAUAGCGGUGGGUGUUUGUGCCCCUGGCUCUAUCAGUAAGAAGUCGUCUAAGUAAUGGAUAACAGAGUGACACCUGAGGACGUUCAGAAGCAGCCAGCAUAGCGUUUCUGCGAAGAUAUCAAACCGUUUGGGGCUGCUUCUAGAACCGAAAGUGAGUCGAGUGGAGAAGUAGUACUUUUCUCGCCAUUUAACACCGUGCAAGUGCCAGAGUGAGGGGUGCAUGGGUAGUAAUUUGAAAGCGUUUGUGAUGUCUGUUUUGCUGAGCCAGGGGUGACUACCAGAUGAGAUGAUGGAUUGUAUGGCAUCGUCAAUUGUUACAUACUGAAGUGUGGGUAAGCGUGCGGGUAAGCGUUUAUGCUGGGAACAAAAGAGGAGUGUGUUGCCGAUAAAUCGAUAAUUAGACGUUUAUUAGAAUAUUUGUAUACUGCGACACCAAUGGGGUUAGUGCGCCAGGAAGAAAACGGUAAAGAGUUGAAGGGGCCGAUCAUGAAACCGUUGGUAAUUUCUGCGGAAAGGAGGGUUUCUGUGGAGAUUGGAUCUUGGCAUGCUCACGAUAAAUUGGGACAUUCCAGUGUGCCUGUGGGGAUGGCUACAAUACCCAUGAAAAAACCCUGAGUGAAUCCAGUGGUCAGAUAUUCCACCAAAUGUCUGCUAGGGUGUGUCCUUAGGUAAAAAAACAGGUUGUCGACAUUUGUCGGUUAGUCAUUUGUUAGGGGACAACCUGGCCGGGCAUAUGGUCUUGGUAUGUGCCCUAAAGCAUAAAGAACAGAUGUGCAACAAUCUACAGGCGCUGAAACUGCAGGAGCCUGCGUUGAAAUUAUUGCACACCUGAGCUUUACCUAGGAAGGAGAUGUGCCUACGCUGCUUAUCACGUAGACCACCCGCUGGUUUGUUGUGAGAGGUGAAAGUGGGAUUAGGGGAGGGAGUGGAGGUGGUGGGAUAUGCUUCUGAAGGACAUAAGUCUGCCUUAUGAGAUGUAGAGUUACAUACGGCGCAAGACGGGGGCCUGAGACCAGCGAAGUGGUGACAGAAUAGUUCUGUAUCUAUCUGACACCAGUUAAUUCUGACAUUGAACUGUUUCAGAUGGGUCGCUGCCUUUGCUGAUACCGACUUUUGAUAGUCGUAAAAAGAGGAGCCCCCGUACUUGAUGCCUAAAUCCACCACCUUGUGGAGGUAGAGGUCUAGCUCUUCUCUUCUAUGGGGAUACACCGUGCAGAUGACAUCACGGUAUAUCCCAAAGGCAAUCACAAACUGAGGUAUGGUUAGUUUUUUGUUGAGUCUGGGGUCUCUAGUCUUAAGCACCACUGAGAUGUCCCCGUAAUUGUAUGCCCUGUUCUCCAGUAUGUCUUGGGAUGCUAUAAGCAGAGACACCAGACACAUGUCCUUCCCAUCUAGGAUUUCUUUCCUGAUGGAGUCUGGGACGGAGUGAGCUGGUGACUCGAAAGGAGAAAUAGCUGUGGCUGGUGCUGGAGGAGGGAGUAUGGGGGGGGCAUGGUGGUACAGCAGGGACUGCUAGGGUGGCGACUGGCAGGCCCGGGGUAUUACCUGGGGAGGCGAUGGCGCUCUCCACCUUAGAUAACCUGUUGUUUAAAGUCUGUAAGUUGGCCAAGAUUGCUGCUAGGGUAUCCUGGGUGGACGUGCUUGAGAGCUAGUGCCUGGCAUAGGUUCAGGGGCUUGGUAGGUGAGCAGUCUGUAGAGUUCCGCCUUUCUAGCUGUAGCUGGAAAGGGGAUUCCCCUGAGCCUAAGUUCGGACGUAAUUUUGGGGAUAGUCCAUGUUCUCAAGGACGUGGGAGUUGAGGGGUGAUAGAUUCGCAUGGAGAGUCUGGUCUGAUGGGCGUAAACAGGAUCUCCUCGGGCAACUCUUCGAUGGGGGCUGGUUCUUGAGACAUUCUAAAAAUAAUUCAGUGAAUGAGAUAUUAGAAGGUGAGUAGGGGAACCGGGAGGGAUAUGAGGGUGGUAUUUUAUGAACUGGCCUGUAAUGCUAAUGCCAAAGCGAAAAACUUAACUGUGAAUUUUUGAUAGGUGAGGCCCUGCUAAUGCCAAGUGAUGGUGAGAGGCUCUACCUAUGAUUUGGCUUAGAGAAAUCGUGGCCACAGAGAUUCAAAACGUGUGGCCGUGACAGGUGAGGCCCUGACUACAGCCCUGUAGUAGGGCGGGCGAGGCAUAUAACUAUGAUUUGGGCGUGGGGCCAUACUUCCGUGUUGAGGUGAGAGAUGGCCUCGCUGGACGGGAUUUUUUACUAGGGUGAGCUAGGGCGGUAGCCUAGACCCUGCAAGCCAGUUCACUUGUAUACUAAAGAUUGAAUGGUAAUUCUGGUGUAAUGUGUGGAUACUAACCUUGAAGGGUUUAUAAUAGAGAGCUGGAAUCUUUGAAUGUUUAUAUGUAGUGAGUCUUGGCUGCUGCUGUCCUCGUAGAAGAAGCCUAAGGAUUAAGACAGAUGUUGAUGUAUUUAUGCGUAACGUGGUGGCGUAUGAUUUGUGAAAAGGGUUGACUGAUAGGAGCGUGACGUGAGAUCCUGAAAUGAGGGAUCUGAAUGGUUAGACUACGACUGAGGCGAGUUUACGUUAUAGAGAGAGACUGAUUUGAAGCCUUGGGGUAGUGAAUGCCGUAACGAAUAAGGACGUAAGUACCUGGUAGUGUGGCUGAGUACCGGGUUAGGUAGGUUGGUAAUUUCUUGCCUGAUGGCAGUAUGACCGUAUUCCUGGUUAAGGAAAAAAGGAGAGAAUUUAACACACCAAGGACGUAGGACCUAGAGUUAGUCGUAAUGAAUCGAGACCGCGUUAGGUCUUGUAUGAAAAAGUCCUGAAAUGAGUAGAGAAAUAUACCUUGAUUUGUUAUACGGGUACUAGGAUGAGCGUAACUGGUGUUCCUUCGUAGAAACCGGUGGAGGCCUAGAAAAAUUAUGGAGCUAUGGAUUAAACCCAUUAAAUAUUUAAUUUGUGAAUGCUGUGAUAGUAAGUUAAAAAUAACCAAUUUCACUGUGAUAAGUUUAGAGUGCAUGCAGUAUUGAGGCAUGGACAUGAUUGAAAGCAUGGUGAGUAAAUGCUAUACCUUGGUUUGUAAACACAAGACCUUGAAUUUGCUAACUUUAAGCAGAAAAUAAGAGAAACCGAGGCAAUCUGUGGAGCCAAAGAAAUGUGACAGGGGCAGGAAGUAAUGACUGAGUAACUUUUUAAGGAGAAAACGUAGUAAAUUAAAAUAAAUCUUUAGGGGUUUUACCAGUGUUACCCUAGAUCGUGUAAUAGUAAUAUAUGUAUGUUGUGUUUGAACAGGGUUGUUGUGGAAUUUAUAGAAUUCUGCCCUUUUGUUUGGUGUCAGGAGGAAUUUAUUUUAUUAGAUAGAGGAACGUAAAACAUAGAUUACUAACCACAUGGGUGUAGAAAAAGAACUGAUUAUUUAAGAUACAGUGGCUAUGGUUUUAAUAUUUUAGACAUAGUUAAACGGAAAACACAGUUUAGGUGAUAAAUAGUUGUAGUUUUUUUACAUGUAUUUAAUAACUCCUACUGACAGAUAGUACAAACAGUUAAAUAACCGAACAGACGGUAUGAGUAAUCAUAUGAAUCCGUGUGCACGAAAUGUUUGUAUUAUACUGAAAGGGGAUCUGUAGUUUUGGCUGAAUGGGGGACCUGCUUAGGUUAAGUUUAAUGUGCAUUCGUUUACUCCCGCUCGAAUAGACAUAGCAUGAAUUAGGAAAGUUAGCGAGGGGUGAACAGGUUUACACAAUUUGCUUAAAAUACCCGAAAGGGUAACUAAUAAGUACAUGGUUCGUGCGUAUGACCGAACGGAAAACAGAAUUGAAAAGAUUAGCUUUAUAGUUAUGUUCGUACGUAGUCCGUCAGUUUAAAUCGUGCGAAAGCCCCCGUGAAACGUAAGUAUAGCGAGCGUUUGUCUAGUUUAGUGGCGCGAACGCGGAAAUGCACAAAUAGUUAAGUAUACGAAAAUUGAUAAUGUGAUAGUAAAAGGGAGCCUAUCCCUAAGUUUUUAGGCCCGAACGGAGGGAAAUUGCCGAACGCUACUUCCCUCACAAGCUUACGUGAGCGUGCCGGUGCCGUGAGGCCUGAAUUUGUGGGAGGAGUAAGUCCCCUACUUAAACUCCCAGCCCCUACUUCUGGUCCGAGCUUCACACACACACUUUUUGGUACGCUUAUCUACUGGUAAUGUCAAGGAUUCCCCCUCCAAAAAAAAAAGUCUCUAGAUGUGGGGAAAGGUAAGAAGUUGGAGGGGUUACUCAUUACCUGCAAUGAAGUUUGAUGACUGAAACAUUUAAAAGGAAUUUCAGCCUUGAAUAAUAAAAAAAAAAAGGAAUUUCAGCAUUGAGUAGAUCUUUGCUUUAUUUCAGUAUUUUCCUGGAGCUGAUGAGUCGUUAAAGUAUCCUUUUCAGUACAUGGAUGAAGGACAAAGCAAUUCAGCAACAAGCACAGGUAUGUUAUUGUGUGUGUAAAAGUCCUGCAAUAAAUACAUUUACUGUUUAAGUAGCUGUGAAAAAAAAUAUCUGGUUUAAUGGUACACUCAACGCCCUUAAAGGGAAACUAAAACUAGUUUUCCUGGCACUGUAGCUUCCUCCUCGGUCAUGGUGCUCCUUUUCCCCCAGACACUCACCGCCAGGUGGUGAGGGAUGUAGAAUUCCUUAAUUUUGUGAUGGCCUUCUAAUUUUAUAUUUUGGUUCUUUCUGCAGUUUGUGUGUGUGUAUGUUUGUAUUUAUCUGUGGUUUAUGCAAUUUAUCUUAUCUCCUAUCUCAUUUCUUUUUAGGAUCCUGCAUUGAUAUUACUUCCACAAACACAAGCAAUAAGAGUGACAUUAACCUUGAUCCUAGUGAUUUCCAUGCACUUACAACUAAUGAUACAAUCAAAAGAGGGGAGUUCAAAUUACCACCACACUUGAAAAAUCAAUCAAAGCAGUCUGUAAGUUUCUGUAAUAUAUUGCCGACCGCAUGUAUGUAAAAGCUUCCUUGGCCUUGCUGUUAUGUCAGUUCUAACCAGGGUCUGAAGAUUCCACUACUAAUUUUCCAAAGGUGUUGGAUAUCAAUAACCCUGCUCAUAGCCAAAUGCAGCUAUUAUAUUUUGUAUUUAUCUUUGUUUUAAUGACACAGAGUUUACGAAACACCCCAGCCACCUUAACUUCCAAAGUUAACUCCCCAAUGUAAGGAGUGCAGGGUUUAGUUCAGUAGAGUUAAGGGUUAAUCAUGGAGGUGGGGAGCAAACCACAGGUAUGAAGUCACUGUUAAAAAUGGUUUGACUGAUCACAAUUGGAAAGCGCCAGGUCACUUCUGUUACCAUAACCACUACAGCAAGCCGUACUGGAUAUGUUAAGUGGGGGGUUCCUUUAAACUAAAAUUUGAAGGUAAAAAUGAUAUAUGUAUAUAUGCAGUUAUGGAAAAAUUGAUGUGCGCUACUAUUUGUUCCAUCUGUAAAUUUACAUUUUAAAAAAAGUAGUUUCAUGUUGGAAAAAAGGAUGGCUUUCUAGAUAGACAUACAGCUCUCUUCAGGUAUGUAAUCCUCUCUGUAUGCAUUAAAAAUAUUCAUUAUAACUAAUGUUGCAAAUCUGUGGCUAUUACAUAGCCAUUAUAAGAGGAUCAGUUGCUAACAACUUGAUAUAUGUGAAAGAUUUAUAAUAACCUUAUUUACAGCUUACUAAAAAUUCAAACUGUGCUUGUAUAGGAUUUCUUUUUGUGGUGUCAAACAAGUAAGCCUUUAUGUAUGUUUGCAAACUUUUGGUCUUCAAAGUAAAAAUAAUUUAAGUCUGCUUUUUAUAGAACAUUAUUUGGAGGAACCAAAUUAUCUUGAUCUUAACAAGAAUUUAAAAUACAUUUUGUACAUAUUUUGUGUGUGUGUCUAAUGCAGAGAGUAGAAUCUACUGUAAUAAAUUCUAAAGUAAAAUCUAGAUUAUAAGCAAUAUGAUCACAAGUGUUCUUUUAUGAGAUAUGCAACAAAGAGUUUUUUUCUUAUUUUCAUUGUAAAACAAGAUCUAUGUUUUAAAACCAGUAAGUGAAAGUUAAAUGUAUGAUUUAUCUCAUAUAUGUGGAUGUAACAUUCCCCAUGGCUCGUCUUUGUUUUGUGAUGCCUAUUUAAAUGAAAGCGAAUUACACAUGUAAUACAUUAUUUCUGAUGCAGGGGGAACCUGGCCGUUUGAGUUUGCCACCCUCACGAGGCAGCAGCAUUGAAAGUCUGUCAGAUAUUCAAAGGAGACCACCUUCUAAUUUGGGUACAUCAGAUGACAAACGAAAGAGUGCUGACAUGUCUGAACUGGAACCAAGAUUAUCGGCAAGCACAGGUAAAAGAGGCAAUCAAUUUAUCCAAUGAAAUUUUACUCCAGGUUUUUUUUGUUUUUUUGGGGGGUGAAUCUUGCUUGUUAGAUUUUACAUCUAAAUAGGUGCAUCUUUGAGCAGAUUGUUACAAUUAAUAUGAUUUUGUUUUCAAUACUAGUGAAGUCUAAUACAAUAGAAGAUACAUUCUUAAUUUUAUGAUGAGUAAACACACAGGAUUUUUCCCUAUCCUCACUGUAAAAGAGUUGAGGAAAUAUUAACGAGCGUUUUCCAUGAUUGGAUAGGUCUAGAUUGGUAAAGCUGAAAUAAAAGGGUCACCUUAUUUAAGUGAACUGAUUGAAAAGGGACUCUUUGCAUCCUAACCACUACAAUAAUCUGUUAGAGUGCUGUUAAUGUUGCCUAUCAUUAAAGGGCCUAUAAAAUGGUCUGCUUAUUAUUAGUACAAUAUAUAGUGGCUAAGGGCUACAUUCAGAAAUAAUAGCAGUGGGCUAUUUCCUAUCUUAUUUAGUACAAUUAAUUGGGCUCUUCAAAUCCUAUUGGUAGCUUUACCCCUGUUUCUCAUAUUUAGAUUGCCUCAUGAAAUAACUGAAUCAAAUUACGCAUUCUUCAUAUUAUUUCUGAGCUGGAUUAACUCAAAUAUAUAGUCAUACAAAAACGCAGAAGUUGGCUUAAGUAUUUGUGAGGGGAAAAAGAAACUUUAUAGAGCCAUUGAGGAAAAAUAACAGAUCUGCUAAACGUUCUAGAGCACCCUUAGUUUAAAAAAAAAUGCCUACAAUGUUAAACAUAUUUUCCUAUGAUUAUCGAAAGUUGGUUGGUACAGACAAUUUUUUCAAUAUAUUUUUAUUUAUUUAUUUUUUGGCUUGGGAUUUUAAAAAUAUUAUAUGUUGAUUUUAAAUCCCCGUAGCGGUAGAGAUGCUCAGACACCUAAGAUAGAUAGAUAUAGAUAUAUAUAUAUAUAUAUAUCUAUUAUUUUUUUUUUUUCCUCUAUGAUACUUAGUCAUUAUUUUGUAGCUAUGUUUAUCUUCCCAAUACUCAAGGAGCAAGUGUAUAGCCUUCAAAUGCAUUUCUGGGCAUAGUCCAAAAACAUUUUAUUGAAUCCUUUGUAGCCUUCUAUCCAGUGCUCUUCAGAUGGUUGAGCCUGUUUUAAAAGUAAGGUUAUUUUGAUGGUAUAUAAUGUCCCUUUUUUUAAGUACUAGAACAAGCUCUCUUCACCUUAGAAUUUAGUCAAUGGUUAAAUGGCUCGCAAAAAAUAUGGUUCAUGUGUUUGUUUAAGCCAGUUUUUUUUUUUUGUUUUUUUUUUUUAUAUCAAGCCAUUCAUGAAUUCUGUCCAUUGUUUCUUCAUACGUCAUUUGUAAUCGGUUAAUAAUACGCUAACAUGACAACUUAAAAUUCUGCUCUGUUCCUGACUUAUUUAGUAAUUUGUGUUUUUAACUAGUGUCUAAAGUUUAAAAUAUAUAUAUAUGUGUGUGUGUGUGUGUGUGUGUGUGUGUGUGUAUAUAUAUAUAUUAUAUAAAAUCUGUAUUGAUAUUGUUCUCUAUACGUGUGUGUGUGUAUUACACAUACUGCUUAUCUUUAUACAAGAUCAGCAAAACCAUAAAUAAAAGGUGGCCUCUGGAUGUGUGCUUUGUUUUAUUCUGCCAGUGCAUUCCUCUUCACGUUCAACGAACAUACAAAUUUCUAAAUUUCAAGCAAAAGUAUUAGAAUAGAUGGCUUAGGGUGCUGUAGGUUUUAAGCAUUAGUGCGAUGUCUGUGAAGGAACCAUAACAACCAUAAUUUUUGUGGGUUUUGUUUUGUACACUACUCAUUACAUGGUGCCUUUUCACUGAAAUGCAAGUGUCAAAUGUUGAAAUACAUGAGUUUUAUGAAAUGUAAACAUCACACAGUUUAAUUUGGUUUGUUAGAUAGUAAAGUGGUGGUUUCUUUACUGUAAUUAUGGGCCCCCAUUAAUGUUAUCCUGUAAGGAAGCCUGGUGUUGUCAUAAGCAACAGUUUAAUAUUAAAGUGCCGCCUCAUAUAAUGCAUCCAUCCAAUGGAGAUCUGGCUGUUGUGAUUAAAACGCGGCACUUCGUUUCAAAGAAGGUCCAGGACCAGAGCCUAGACGUUUAUUUCCAUGGAAUAUUGCCAUACUGACCUGCUCCGCUCUCAGGUCAUGCUGUAAUGUGUUAUUUAUAAGACAUUUUAGUGUCCUAUACAGAGCAAAAACAAAUCAAAAGGAACAAGGAAAAUCAUGACAUACAGCCCAUGUAUGUUGAGACUGAGACUUUGUUAAAAGACAUGUAACUUUUAUAAUUCCUAGUGCAAGGCUUGCCGCUUUUAGAACUCUUAAUCUCCCCCCUAAUUUUUAUCUAUUGUCGUGCCAUAACUGAUAUCAAUUUUGCAUGUGGCACUAUCCAAAUUGUGCUGCAUAUUCUAUUGGCUCCCCAAUACAAAAACAUUCAGGAAGUUCUACCUGAUUUUACAUCUGUUUGCAGCGUGCAGUGUGUGCUGCCAGAUGUAUUUUAUGCACAGAAUUGAGAGGCUGCCUAAGUCACACCUCCACCUAGCACACAACACACAUGUGCAAAUUACUCUGGAUGUGCAGUAUUUCAAGCAGAAGCACUGCACAUCCAGACUCCUAACACAAUGACCACUUCAAAAGCAGAAGUGGUCAUGGUGGCUGGAGCACAGCAAAACCGUAUAAAGCACAUCUUUCAGUCAUUUUUCUCAGUGGAUUAUAACUAUUUGACUAGGUGGCAUUGAUUUUUGUUGUGUGAUGUAAUGAUAUUCAGAAUACACAAUCCUUUUAUUUUUUUAUAGCGUUGUAAGUAUUUCACAAUAUUGUUAUGUUUUUAUUGAAAUAAUAUGAUGGAGUGGCUAAUUGAGUAUGUUACAGAAUUUGUGGAUUAAAUUAAUUUUCUUUAAUAGUGUGUUGGAUGCUUCAGAGCCACUUACUUUAAGAUUUCAGAGAAUAUUAGUGAAUCCUUUCCAGGCUUUGAUCAGGAGUUUGCAGGGCCAGGGUUCUUUUACGGAAAUGUCUUUCUAAGUGAGUUAUACUGAAUUAGCAAGCAACUUCAUAUUUAUUUUACCAGGAUGGAGACAUAUCUUGUUUCCAAGUAAGCAUUUGGAUCUAGAAGUUGAAAUUACAUGUGCUACCUAUUUUAUUGGCCUUAUUUGAUUUGGAUAUCUUUUGACUACCUGAUCUUCGCAUGCUUUACAUCUGGAAAUGUUACCUGUUCACUGCUACCCACAUUCAUCUCUACCACUAGGUGACAUAGGUGAAACUUAAAGGACCACUAUAGUGCCCUGAGGGUGCCCCCACGCUCAGGGUCCCCUUCCCGUCUGGCUCUAGGGGGAGGAAGGGGUUAAAUUUACCUCUUUUUCCAGCACCGGGCGGGGGAAUCUCCUCCUCUUCGGCUGAAUGCGCAUGCGUGGCACGAGCCACGCGCGCAUUCAGCCAGUCCAUGGGAAAGUAUUCUCAAUGCUUUCCUAUGGAUGCUGGCGUCUUCUCACUGUGAUUUUCACAGUGAGAAGCACGGAAGCGCCUCUAGCGGCUGUCAAUGAGACAGCCGCCUAGAGGCUUGAUUAACCCUAUUAUAAACAUAGCAGUUUCUCUGAAACUGCUGUGUUUAUAGAAAAAGGGAUUAAACCUGGCACCCAGACCACUUCAUUAAGCUGAAGUGGUCUGGGUGCCUAUAGUGGUCCUUUAACACAUGACCAAAAUAAAGUGGUAUUGUGGUUACCAAGAGGCUGGGGAAGUUUUUUAUUUAUUUUAAGGAGGUCUUAAAAAUUUAGAUUUGUUGCAUUGAAUAUUAAAUAAACAAUCACAGUGGUUUUAGUUGUAGGUUUUUUGUUUUUUUUUUCAUCCUGGAUUAUCCCUCUGCUCAUAUUCAGCGCUUUUUAUUUAACCUAUUAUAGGAGUAUAGAGUUUAGUGUAGGUUUUACAUUUAGUGUAGCUUUGUGUCUGUCAUGUUUGUGCAUGUCCAUUAACAUUUUUAUCCUUCUUACAUUGUGUACACUUGUGUUUUUGUCUGUUUAAAUAUUUAUUUUUUUAAAUGUCACUCCAGGGACCAUAUCAACUUAAUUGCAAUAAAGUUCUAUGGUGUGAGGAGGUCCUGGGUGCCUACUUACCUGAACGGGAUAAACCUUAAUAAGUGGUUUAACCCCGGUGUCUUAAAGCCUGCACCCCAUCGUUCUGCCUCUGUACCUCCUCUUAAUGUACAAGGUUUCAAUCAGAUUGGGCACCACUGACUGAGAGCAUCAGCCUAUCAGUAGCUCCCCAUUGAGAAGAGAGAAUGAAAACGUUAUGUAUCUUUAUCACUCUUUUCUCAGUGGCGUGUUACUAUAUGAAACCUUGGAUAUUGAGCAGAAGUACUUGGGGCAGAGCAAUCAAGCACAGACUUAAAGACACUUGUGGUGAAACUGGCAAUUAAACUUCUCCAGGUAAACCAGUGGGAUUUCCUAGCACCAUAACACCUUUUUGCAAUAAAGUGGUUAUGAUGCCCAGAGUGGUCCUUUAAGUUGGGUUAGAAAAAUCCCACUUAGCUGCCCAUUCUGCAUGGUUCUUUUCUGCAUGUUCCCUAACAUUGUAACAUUGUGCAGUACAUGUCCAUGCCUUGUUAUUUGUGCUUCCAUACCACUUUUAGUUGUUUGCAUGUGUAUUGUAUGUGUUUUUGCAGCCUAUAUCAAGCCUAAACGAGGCCACCGUAAAACUGCUUCAUUUGGCAACAUUCUGGAUGUCCCUGAGAUCAUCAUAACAGGUACUACAGAAUGAGUAGGAGCUCUCAAGCCAAAGCUGAAUAACCACAAACUGAUUUUUGAAUGCUUGUUGCUCCAAAUCUUACUGUCCUCAUGAGUUUAAAGCGUAUACAUCCGUUCUUGAAGUUUCUACAAAAUUCAUGCCUUUAUUGUUUAGAACUUUAGACCAUUAAUCUGAACUCUUGUUCCAUACGAAAAUCAUGCCAACCAAGACACAGACAGUCCAUUUUAAGUGUAAAGUGUAUAAAUGUAGCUGUCUAAUUUCUCACAACAACUGUGUGUUUAACAAAAUCUGCAUGAGUAGAUUUGCACAAUAUACACAACUAUCAACUUUCAGUUUCAUUAUAUUGCAGUUAGCUAUUUAAUUUUUUUCCAAAUCCCUGCUGCGCUUCCGCAGUUUCUCGCUUCCACUCAAAGUCCUUGUUUACGAGUGUAUUUGAACUUUAAAUACCGUAGUUUUACUAUACAAAAUGGAUGUAUGGCCUUUUAAUUUUUUUUAUUAAGAGAAGAUUGAAAACUAUAUAUAUAUAUAUAUAUAUAUAUAUAUAUAUAUAUAUAUAUAUAUAUAUAUAUAUAUAUAUAUAUAUAUAUAUAUAUAUAUAUAUAUAAUAUAUGAAAAUAAAAAUGUCAAUAGUAUGCACUCAGCUAUGGAGCACGCACUGUAGUUGGUGUGACAGUGCACUUAAAAAGAAAAGUGGUCAGUUUUUACACACGCACUGACUUUAUUUUCCAGAAUGGACUUAAAAGCCUUUUGAAAUUGUUGUCACUUGGUAAUCAUGCCCUGGAUGACUUUCUAGAACUAAGGAAGGGCAUAACAUGUGAAUUCCAAUUUAUGAAUGGGAAGCUUGUAGAUGCAGUUUUUGCAUUCGAUUCUAGAUCCUGUAUUCACAAACUUGGCACGAGUUACACUUACUUAUUAGAUGAUAACUAAAUAUGCUUUCAGCACUGUGACAAACGGCAACACGUGUGGGAUUAACAAAUCCAGUAGCUCAUAUAUCUUGUUUUAUGAUGUAAGGCUGAAAUGACUGCAACACUUCCUAACCAGUAACACUCUGUAUCUUGGUGGCAGGUGUAAAUUGUGAAUUUGGAGCAAUAAGUAUUUAGCUGUGUAUACAGCGGCUUUGAAAUAAUGAGCAUGCAAAACAUUUAAAAAAAAAAACUUGAUCAAUAAACCAUCCUAUUUAAUACUAUUUAUUUUCCUGAUCCUUCCAUAAACACACUAUUCCAUGCUGUCAUUUGUUUUUAUUUUGCCACUCCCUGACAAUUGUGACUUCAUUCCACUCAGCAUGUAUAAGGCUCGUCAAAUUCAUAAGUGAUUUGAUUUCUAAUUAAGAAUGCCAACAAUUUCUCCCAGCUUAUUUCAUUCCUGCUAAUUUUAGAACACUGCCACUGAAUAUGUGCUCGCUAGAGGGAUGGAAUAUAUCGCAUGGCUUGUUUGCAAGGACAUUAACAUUGCCGGUCUUUUCAAUAUUAUGUAAUGAAAAUGUCUGUCUGAGAAUGCAAAAUAAAAGAAAGCAUAGUCUUUGUGUAUGUUAAUUUCUUACUGCUAGACAAUUCUUCCUCUGCUGCAUCUCUACUUGUUCAUGUAAUAUUAAGAUUAUAAAAUAGGGGUAAAUAUUAUGGGCUGAGAAUGUAUGUUACAUUUAGUGGCUUUGCAGAAUUUGCUAAGGCUCUUAAGCUCAAUGGUUUGGUUGUAUGCCACAGUGACUUGAUUUUAUUUUGCAACUUGUAGCCAGUAUACUGAAGGAGAAAAGUUAUGUAAUGCACUAUGUAGGAGAAAGAAUGCUGAACAGCGUAUCAGCUGUUGCUGAGAGCAAUCCACUGUUUCCUUUUGAACAACUGAUCUCAAAUUUUAGGACCUGAUACAAACAUUAUGUAUUCCUAUUAGAGAAGAACUCUAUCUUGGCAGCUCUCUAAUUCAACAAAAGGAUGCAUGGUCUGAGUUUUUCUUCUCGUUCGCACACGGUCCAAUGUAAACAUAGUGUCCUGUCGGCAUUUGAGAUUCCCUAGCAGGUGUCUGACAAGGCAUGAUUACAGCAUUCUCACUAAUAUAUUGGUGGUAAGAUCCAACUUUAAUUAAAGCAAGAGUGUGGGAGUGGCAGGGAGCAUGGACUUAAAUGCUAUUUUUUGCUUGCCGAUAAAGGGAAUGAUCUUAAUACGGGGGCUGCAAGAUUUAGAUGUCUGGUUGGCAUGUUUGCUUAGGUAGAGACACAAAGCAGAUGUUGUAUUUGUCCGGUCUCUCGCUCACACAUUAAGUGUUGCUGUAAAAACCCCAUAACGUAAGGCCCUGGAAAUAGAUGCCAUCACACUCACACCCCUCUAUGACAGGUGACUGAAGAUGGUAGAGGAAGCUGCUAACUGUUCAUUUGUCAGGAGUGGCCAGUAAGCUAACUAGCGUUUCUAGAGUUAAACUAUUGCAGCUGUCUUUCUACUGCCCUGUGUUGAUCCCUCUCUCUCCUUCUGUCUAUGAAAUUGUACGAAUUCCCAGCUUCCACAGUUGUGCCCAUUCAGUUCUGUGUAGAAACAGUGUUUGCUAAAUCGUUCUUAUCUGAUACCCAGCAGGCAACGGGCAGCAGAGGCGCAGAUCUGUGCAAGACCUGACUAUUAUUGGAACAGAGUCCAGCCAGGUAAGAAUACGCUGUGUACAUUUAAUUUGGAUGUCUGCACUAGUCUGUGUUUAUACACGAAAAUAGAUCACUUGUUUUUAUCUGUACAUGCUACAUGUGUAUGUACAUGAAAUGCGUUCAGGGGUGGGGGGGGGAGAGAUUGGUGUGUUUUUUGUUUUUUUUAAUCCAUAAUCAGUGGUUUUCAGUGAAGUAAUUGGAUCAUUUUGUGACAUCUAUCAAUUUUUAUAGAUGCCUUGCAUUGAUCAGAUAAUUCACUUUUUUCACAGGAUUGUUACUAAAUUAUUUAAACAAAGGCUUGCAUUAUGAGGUGUUCCAUCUCUGCAAUGUAUCAUUCCUUCACAGUUGUUUUGUUUUUCUAAAAUAUGUUGAUUUUAUUCUGUUUAUUAAAUGUUUCUAUUGAGUUUUCAUGAGUAACACAUUUUACCAUUGCGAAUGUCUUUGUUUUAUCAGCUGAUCACUAUGUGACAGUGACAUCCAGAGUAUUCUAAAUUUCAGCUGAGGGUUUCCUACUGUAUCUCAAUCUCUUAUUUCAGCUCUUACAGUUCGUAUAGCACCUCAGUAUUUUGAAAUUCUCUCCAAAGAAAAGAGUUAUCCAGUAAAAAGAAACUCUAGGCCAGAGGUGCCUAGAAGGUAGAUCCCCAGAUCUUUUAAAACUACAGCUUCCAUUAUGCUUUGCAAUUCUAAAGGCAUGUAAAGCUUCAUGGGAGUUGUAGUCCUAAAUCAUCUGAGAAUCUACAUUUUGGGCAGCCCUGAUCUAGGCUGUGUAGGAGAAUAAUUCAGCUUCCCCAGAGAGUAUCUUUGUUCAAUUGUUUUCAAAGUAGCUUGGAAAGCGUAAAUACAUACAUAUAGAAGAUGCACAUGUUUAUUUAAUGACUAGAUAUGCAUGUAUAUAUGAACAUGUGUACUGCUCUUUCAUACGAGUCAGUUAUUUUUAUUUUUUUAUUUUUAAGUAUCAUAAAAAUAAUCGAUCUAAUUUAGAGGCCAUCACAUUUGUAAACCAUGCAAGUAGAACUGUGUUUGACAGAGCAGCUCUGGCUAUCAACUGUUGCGACUGGCAGCUGGGAAAUGGUGGCAGAAGAUCCAAGUUUUGCCAGGAACUGGCAAUUACGUGUCCCUACUUUUUUCUCGUGUAUGUCUUUUGAUUCAGUUUAAAUUUUAAGGAAUGUCCAAUGCACUCAAAAAGAGCUAAUUUAUGAUGCCUCCAUCUUAGUGAUUCCAAAAUGGUGACUGCUGGAAGUCUCUCAGCUUUAUGGGGGGGGACUCUUGUGGGUGGCUUGCAGCUGUGAAGAAAUCACAGCACGAUGCUCCUGGAAGUGAAACUGCGCUGAACAGAGAUGUGUAUAAAGUUGAGUAACCAAUGGUAAAGUUGACAAAGGAUGUGGAGCUAGACUAAAGCUCCGCCCUUUGUCAAUUUAUGGCAACCAGCAGGUUAUUCAUAAGGAAAAGCAGUCCUUACAUUCCUUAUGUAUAAGAUUUAAAACAAUCAUAAUUUUAAAAAGUAGUACAACAAUACAAAGACAAUCGCUUUAAAGCUAAGGAAAGAAUUCUCCCCACCCUGCCUUUCUCUUUCUCAACCACACGUAGAUCAUGCUUUUUUUACCUUUCAGACUUUCUCCCCGGCUACUGAACAAGAGAUGGCUGCGCUUCUUCUUUCCUCUCGCCCCACCACUUGCCCACUCAAUCCUAUCAGAUCUCUCUCCCCUUAUCUUAUGCUUUUCUUAACACACAUCUUCAACUGCUCUCUCUCUUCUGGCGUUCUCCCUGCUGACAUGACCAUGCCACUGAAAAACUAUCCUAAAAAAAAUCUCUCGACCCGUCUAACUAUCAUCCCUUAUCCCUGCUCUCUUUUCCUCAAAGCUUCUGGAAAGACUUGUCUUUACUCGUAUGUCUCAAUUCUAACUCUCUCCUUAACCCUCUUCAAUCUGACUUCCACCCUCUCCACUCUACUGAGACUGCUCUUAUCAAUGUUACUGACGACCUAAUCGCAGCUAAAUCCAAAGGCCACUACUCCAUACUAAUUCUUCUUGACCUCUCUGCUGUCUUUGACACCGUUGAUCAUGCUCUCCUUCUUCAAGCUCUUCAAUCAGUUGGUCUCUGUGACUCUGUCCUCUCGUGAUUUUCCUCUUAUCUCUACCAACGCUCAUUCAGCGUCUCCUUUUCUAAUGAUACCUCCUCCCCUCGUCCUGUCACUGUUGGAGUCCCCCAAGGAUCUGUCCUUGGUCCCCUUCUAUUUUCUCUUUAUACAUUCCCUUUCUCGGCAAACGUAUUACCUCUUGGAUUCCACUACCACAUAUACAUUUGCCUUUCUUCCAUCUCUGACUGGAUGUCCUCCUGCUUUCUGAAACUCAAUCUCUCUAAAACUGAGCUCCUUGUCUUUCCUCCUCCUCGUACUGAUCCUCCUCUUUUGCUCUCCCUUCAAAUUAGUGAAAUCUACAUAAGUCCAUCCUUGCAAGCGUGCUGUCUUGGCGUCAUACCUGAUUCUGGCCUCACCUUUGAGCCUCACAUCCAGUAUGUUGCCAAAUCCUGUAGAUUCCAUCUUAAAAACAUAGCCCGCAUCCGCCCCUUUCUUAAGCAAGAUGCUACCAAGGAGCUUGUCCAUGCUCUAGUAAUUUCCUGCAUGGAUUAUUGUAACCCUCUCCUGAUUGGUCUUCCCAUAAGCUGUAUUGCCCCGCUACAGUCUGUAAUGAAUGCUGCCGCCAGAUUGAUUUUCCUCUCUAGUCAGUCCUCUCACACCUCACCCCUCUGUCAGUCCUUACAUUGGCUUCCUCUCACACCUCACCCCUCUCAGUCAUUACAUUGGCUUCCUAUAGGAGUCAAUUCAAAGUGCUAACCCAUAUCUUUAAAGCAGAAAACAAUUCUAGCCCCUCUUAUAUCUCUUCACAGAUCCAUAGGUAUGCCCCUUCUCAGUCUCUCUGCUCUGCCUGUGACCUUCUCCUGUCUGUUGCUCACACCCGUAUGGCCAACUCGCGCUUGCAGGACUUCUCGCGGGUGGCUCUUCCUAUGGAAUAGCCUGCCUAUCGCCAUCAGACUCUCCCCUAGUCUUCAAUCAUUUAAGAAGUGCCUUAAAACCCAUCUCUUUAGGAAAUCUUAUGGCCUCCCAGAGUAACUGCUACCUUACAUACCUGUCUCUUGCUCUCUCCUAAAGGGCAGCACUCUAAUCUCUGUUUCACUCCCACCUUAUUUGAUUGAUAUUUCCUGUCCUAAUGUGUCUUAUACCCCAAAUCCUAUAGACUGUAAACUCGUUUGAGCAGGGCCUUCUUCAACCUAUCGUUCCUGUAAGUUUUCUUGUAAUUGUCCUAUUUAUAGUUAAAUUCCCUCUCUCAUAAUUUUGUAAUGGGUUCCGGAAUCUGGCGCUAUAUAAAUGGCAAUAAUAAUAAUAAUAAAGCAGUUCUUACAUUUCUGAGCUUCUUAAACUGAAUACUCCUAGAAAGCGGUUAAGGCCGCAUAUUAUAUUUAAGUUAGUAGCCAUUUUAUCUUAUCCAGGGCAUCACCAUGCUUUAAUGUGAAGUAUGCAGGCUGACUGAACUGCUGAUAGUCACUGCUAUUUUCAGUGAGUGGAUCAUUCUUGUAUAUGAAAUUGGUUCAGUGUACUUUACGAAUGUAGAUGGAGAAACCAGAAUUUCACUGUGGUGGUAGUGAGAGAAAGUGGCUGUUGUCUAGCCAAGAGAAACCUGCUAUAGUCAUGGUGCUUUCGUUAAUUUUGUUGGCACAAACGUCCACCCUGCUCAGUGGUAGACAGUGCUCUUUAUGGAAACAGACUGCAUGUAUAUAUUUAUUUAUAUCACAUACGUACACACCCUCCCACAGUAUCGUUUGCUGAUUUAGAAAUCCAUAUUUGCUUAAGUAAGCAUGUUCUUUUUAUUUUGUCUGAUAUUCUCCCUCUCCAUAAUUUGAUGCUUAGGAGAGCCGAAACAGCAGCAGAUCCUCUAGCCCAAGUGUGAGAAUGAUCACUACCUCGGGUCCAACCCCUGAUAAGCCACCACGUGGCCAUCCAUGGGGCACUGAUGAAUCCUCAGGUAAUGUUUCCUUAAACCUUACUACAAAAGAAAGUAUAGAGUAAACAUUAGUAAUAUAUAUAGUCAAUAAUCUUAAAUGUAUUUUAAUCUCUUGACAUUUCUAAUCGUUACUUUUGUAUUUUUUUUUUUUUUUUUUAACCUUUACCUUUACAUAUGUAUAGAAUUUUAAAAGGGUGCAGCAGCAAUUCCUGUUAAGUGUCAAACUCCAAUAUGUUUUGAAGCAUUGUAUCUAAUAUAUUAUAAAAUAUAACUUAACACUAUAUUAAAUGUUUCAGAUACCAAUGGAUCAGAUAACUCCAUACCUAUGGCAUACCUUACUCUGGAUCAUCAGUUACAGGUUAGUUCAAAUUAUGUUUUGGAGAGAGCUAGAGAAGCAUGUAGUUAAACAUAUCCUAUGUAUAAUGGAAUUAAAUAGAAACCAAAUACAGAAUAAACCCUUGCUUUUAAAGACCAUAAAAGUUAUGUUUUUUUUAUAGAAAUAGAAUGAGGGGACAAACAAAAAUUAAAUUUUUGAAAUAUCUUCAUUGGGUAAUCUGAUUAAAUGAGAAUAGCAAAAAAAAAAGAGAACUUGUAAAUUCGAAAGUGCUAAAUAUAAAAAAAAAAGGCUUCAGAGAGGGCUUUUUUUAUAGUGUGUAUUUUCUUUAGCACUCACUAUCGGUAGCAGAGGCUUGUUUUUUGUGUAAAUAGUUUUUGUUCGGGUCCAGUGAGGGAUGAUUAUUUCCUAGUUGCGUAGGUUAGAAACUAUAACAAGCUAAAAAAGCGCUCUAAUAUUUGUCCCAAAAUAAUUAAAAAGUGUCAACCCAAACAAAUACACUUCUGUUAGAAAAAAUAAAAAUAAAGGUGUGCUGCGUCUGCGACUAAAAAUUUAAAAUAAAAUUAUUGUGCAAAUUGCCUUAUUUAAGUGCAAACAAACUUAAAUGCUUCUUUUAAAGUGUGCAAAUAGUGAACAUUCAAGUACAUGCAGGAUUUCCCUUUGUAGCAUUACUUAAUUGCAACUUGCAUGAUACCAUCUUUAUUUUAUCUCUCAAUGCAGUAUUAAAAUGAGGAGACCAUACAAGGAAAAAAAACAUAUAGUGUGAUAUUGUAAUAUACAAUAAUAGUGCUUUAGUUAUAAAAGUUUCCACUCACAAAUAUAGAGCAGAUGAGUCUGCUCUAACUGUAACCGCUCCAAACUGAAGUGCAGACGUCAGGCUAUAUAGAUGUAAAAAUAGCCUUUAUCAACAACAUUUAAAUUCAGCUGGCAAGCCAGGACCUUCUUUUGUAUCCCUCCGGCAAGGCUCUCCCCCCAGUUUCUUCAGUUUUGGCCACAACACUAGGUCAAUACCUUCAGUACCGGGCCAGAGCAGUCGAGCGACAUUGUCCAGACUUUGGGGAUGAACCAUUUGUUAAUGCCGAAGCUUAAAGGAUCACUAUAAGGUCAGGAACACAAACAUGUAUUCCUGACCCUAUAGUGUUAAAACCACCAUCUAGCCCCCCUGGGCCCUUCAUGUCUCCAUAAAUAUAGCAACAUCUUACUGUAUUCAAGCCAGAAGCUGUAACUCUGCAUGCUCUUUACCUAAAAAGAAAAUCAAGCAGUCUGCUGACAUAAUCAGAAGUGGUAGCCUGGUCCAAUCACAGUGCUUCCCCAUAGGAUUGGCUGAAACUGAAAAAGAGGCAGAUCAGGGGCAGAGCCAGCAUGAUUCAAACACAGCCCUGGCCAAUCAGCAUCUCCUCAGAGAUUAAACCAAUCAGUGAAUCUCUGAAGAAAGCUCAGUGUCUGCAUGCAGAGGGAGAAGAUACUGAAUGUUUGGAUGCAUUUUAGGCAGCCAUGACCCAGGAAGGAUCUCUAACAGCUAUCUGAGGAGUGGCCAGUGAAGUUAUCACUAGGCUGUAAUGUAAACACUGCAUUUUCUAUGAAAAGACAGUGUUUACAGCAAAAAGCCUGAAGGUAAUGAUUCUACACACGAGAACAAAUUCAAUAAGCUGUAGUUUUUCUGGUGACCAUAGUGUCCCUUUAAAGUAGCAUCAGUAUUGAUGCUCUCAGCUAAGGAGAUGGAACCAGCAUCAUGGAGAUUGUCGUGAGUAAAACAUGAAUAUAUUUUGUUUUGCACAUGGCGGGGUGGCAGUAACCUACGCGGUUAGGACACUAGGAAUACAUGUUUGUUUCUUGAAAGUGACACUUUGGCUUUGUGACAGCUCAUAAACGUGUGUCUCUAAUGUAAACUGUCAUUUCUAAGAAAUGGCAAUGUUUUACAUUGCCAGCGAAAAAAGGGACAGAUCCCCUAUGCACCAUCACCACUGCAUUCAGUUGUAAUGGUUUUGGUGCUCAGUGUCCUUUUAAAUUACUGUUAUCUAACCAGUCCUUGAGUGAAGAAUAAGAAAAAAUCUGGAAAAGUGUGCAAUAUGUGUUUCUAUCCCCAUUUAUGAGCAUUCCUGCAGCUCCAAACGCAACUGGCACUUAAAUGUAGUCAUGUAAUGUAUCUCUUACAGCACAGAUGUGUUCUAGAUUAAUUUAUACACUUAUUCAUUUUUUUAAACACCCAUAUCUUAACUUAAGCCUUUGCUUGUCUUUAUUGUUUCGUCACUAUGUAAAUUAUUGUUGUACAAUGUUAUGGUUAGAUUUUUAUCAAAGAAAGGGCUGGUUUUGCACAUUUUAAAUGCAUAAUUAUGCUGAAUUAACUACAUUAAACUAGGUCUGUCAAGUUUAGAAUCAGUGCCUGCUGUAACUUUUUCCAGAGCUUGGAUUUCCACUUAUUUUUAAACGCUUAAAGGUAUAAAUAUAUUCAGCACAUUCUAACAGCAUAUAUAGUGAGAUAUCUGUUGAUUAGUUUUUAUCAUGUCUGAUUUAUUUUCAGCCUCUAGCACCAUGUCCAAACUCCAAAGAAUCUAUGGCUGUCUUUGAGCAGCACUGCAAAAUGGCUCAGGAAUAUAUGAAAGUUCAGACAGAAAUUGCUUUAUUAUUACAACGAAAGUAAGUAAAGUAAACUGUUCAAUGUUUUGGAUGUGUGUGUAUAUAUAUUUUCUUUUUCUUCUGAGCAGUGCUACAUGAAAUAACACUAUUUUGAGCAAAACACAUUAGAAUAACACAAGUGAAAGGACAAAUACAUUUUAAUAGCUUGUUAAUACAACAAAAGUGGUGCAAAAAUCAAUGACAAUCCUUUAAAAAUACUAUGAAAUUUGUCUCAUAUCAAUAAGCCCCCAAACAGGUCCCAGUUAUUAUUUAUUUUUUCCCUAGAACACGUCUCACGUCUUACACAUGACAUUUGCCAGUCUCCUAUUUUAAAGUAAUACUGCAAAUUUAAAAAAAAAUCUGCAUUUUACAGUAAUACUGACCCCUAAUGCACUUUAGCUUGCUAAAAAGCUUUGUGUGUGAAGUGUAUCCUCUUAUUUACAUUUUACCAAAAGUGCAUAUUUCAAUAGUAAUUUGCACUUUUACAAAUUAACCUUACACUCCCGUGACUUUCAAGCAGACAACAGGUCCUGUUACAUCCUGGUUUGGUUAGCCCAGUGGAGCUAAUCUCAAGAGGCAGCAAUUGCUCAGAGCACCUGCCUUGCGAAAAUGUCUCAUUGAGCUACAUUGGGAAGUCUGUGAUUGCACAGCCACAAAAAGUCUGGACAUGGUUAGAAGAGGAGGGAGUCCCACUACUGCCGAUCCGGCCCUCCUGGGCCAUGUGAUCGCAAGGUCCUUGCGAGGACCUCACUAUCACACGGACGGAAUAGCCGUCCAUUGCAGUGAAAUAACGUUUAAAAAAAAAAAAAAGGUUUUUUUAUAACAGUUUAAAAUUAUAAAUAUAUAUAUAUAUAUAUAUAUAUAUAUAUAUAUAUAUAUAUAUAUAUAUAUAUAUACUUGCACUCCUGGUGGUGUAGUCCUGUGGUACCCGGUGCUGGUCUGGCAAGGAUCAUGUUAUAUGUAUGUGUAUAUAUUACACAAUACACAAGAUCCAGCGCACUCACCUAUCCACUAAACAGCAACUUCAAUGUUGAAAGAUUUUUUUUUUUUUUUAAACACCUAAUCUAGGCAAAACUAAUUGGGGUUUAGUUACAUUAUAUGAUCAUACAUUGCAUAAGCCUGCCACAAUGUCAGUGUACCCCAUCCUUGGCAGGUCCUACACUAACAGCCUAAUGUCUGCUCUUAUGAGAUUAACCUACUUGGGGGAAAAAAUUCCAUCUGGGGCUCUCUGCAGUACAAGGAUGAGGCACCUGUGACAGGGAGGGGUGCAAAACAAAGGAGUUGGCUAGAUAUAUAUAAUCUCAAGAGGGGGUUGGCUGCACUCACCUUAACAUAUAUAUAUAAUCAAAAUACACGUCGAAUGAUUAAAUAUAUAUCAUUAUUUAUAUAUAAUGUGUAAUUUCGUUCUAACUGUAUUUUGAUAUUAAAAUAUAUAUAUAUAUAUAUAUAUAUAUAUAUAUAUAUAUAUAAAUAAUCAAAAUACACUUAGACUAUAUAUAUUUUGUUCUGUGUGUAACAGACUGAAACGUUGAUAUAAUUUUAAAAGCGAACUAAUAAUUUUACAUAAUUAAGUAAUUUAAUUACAAUUUGCGGGACUUGCCUGAUAACCUAGGCAGAAAGUCCAGAGAAUUUAACUUGCUAGCACUAUAUUUAACUCUGUAACUUUCCAAGAAACCAUAAAACCUGUACAUGAGGGGUACUGUUUUCCUCAGGAGACUUCGCUGAACACAAAUCUUAAUGGUUCAAAACAGUAAAAUGUAUUACAACGAUAUCAUUAGUGAAAGAAGUUUUUUGCAUUUUUCACACACAAACGGCACUUACACAGAUGAUAUAAUUGUUGCGAUACGUUUUACUGUUUUGAAACCCUAAUAUGUGUUCCGCUAAGUCUCCAGAGUAUAACCGUACCUCUCAUGUCCAGGUUUUAUGGUGUUUUCAAAAGUUACAGCAUUAAAUAUAAGGCUUGUGUUUCAGUUUUUUCAUAUUGAAAUUCGCCAGACUGGUUAUGUUGCCUUUGAGACCGUUUGGUAGCCCAGUAGCCACUUAGUCAGAAACACUGGCCAAAAUUGGUGUUCAAAUUAGUUUUUUGCAUGUUUCACACACAAACAAAUAUUAACGCUAACUUUGGCCAGUGUUUGUGACUAAGUGACUACUAAAAAAGAUGUAACUUCCCAAAACACCAUAAAACGUGUACAUAGGGGGUACCGUUUUACACGUGAGACGUCGCUGAAUACAAAUGUGUAUUUUAUUGAGUAAAAGCAAAUCAGUAUUAUGACAUUCGCAGUUGCAAUGUCAUGCAGAACUAAAAAAAAUACAAUUUUUCUUAAUUUCUCACUUUUUUUUUUAUAUUUUAUUUAUCUUAAAUUGUUUCCCCUGAAUAAAAUUAUAUAUAAUAAGUGUGGGUGCAUUUAAUAUGAAAGAGGUAAAUUACGGUUGAACAGACCGUCAAAUUCCAAGUUUUGUUUAAAUUUUAUUUUGAUCAAAACGUGUACAUUUGGCUCAGUCCUUAAGGGGUUAAAAAGAGGAUUCACUUUUCACAUGUAACUUCAGCAAAGUGUUUAGUUGUCUUUUAACUUGUCAUACACACAAAAAAAGGGAAAUAUUCACCCAAAUCUACAAUGAAUGUGUAGUUCCUUUCCUAAUGCAUAUACAAUUCAUAUCUGCUGCACUGGUUAGGUUUGUAUUGAUGGUUAUUGUGAAGAAAUUAAAAAAUUGAUAUCCCUAACAUUGUGGCCUCCAUGUGGAGCUUUAUCUCCCCCCCCAACCCCCACCCCCGCUCCCCCCCAAAGUAUGACAUACUUUGUUUUCUACUUUCUAAAUUCACAGCUAAUUACUAUGUUUCUAUUUAGGCAAGAACUAAUAGCAGAAUUAGACCAGGAUGAAAAAGACCAGCAAAACACAUCUCGACUUGUACAAGAGCACAAAAAGCUUUUAGAUGAGAACAAAAGCCUAUCAACUUACUAUCAGCAAUGCAAAAAACAGUUGGAUGUCAUCAGAAGUCAACAGCAAAAACGUCAGGGUACCUCCUGAUUCUUAGAGACAUUGUUACCACAACCUCUUGUUUUAGUGCAGUUAAUGACAUUUUCCAAAGUAUGUUUCAUUUGUAUGAGCAUGAAGAUGGACAUUAUUAAUUGAAUCCGAACAUGAAGCUGCUGGAUUGAUACAGCCUUUAAGGGAGUACUGCAAAGUGUUUCUGAAUGCAUGCUUCGUGCCUAUGGGAAGUCCUCCUGUAUUAUGUAUGAAUCGGUGUAUGUGUUAUUACAUUUUUGGGCUGAACUUGGCAUCUAACACGCAAGCAAUAUUCUUCUUACCCUUGUAGUUUACUAAUGGUACAUUCAAAAGCCUGCUAGGAAGGUUGUUUAUUUUAUCAUUAUCAUUAAUGUAUAUCACCUUGUAUACUUGCAAUAAAUGGUACAUGAGUGGGUUAUUUAGAUACUCUGUAUUAUUACAUAAGACUGCUGCAAAGAAAACAGAAUUAUAGCCCUAUUAUGAUUUACCAUAAUCAAGGAAUGCUAAGAUUUAAACCGUGUAAAAGGUAAAAAAAUAAAUAAAAAAAAGUUUAUUCUACAUUUUUAUCAACACAGAUUUUAGCGCUUUGAAAACUAUAUUCCAAGUAAAGAUGGAUAACGUGACAUUCUAGGUACCGGAGAACAUUUUAAUGCAUUUUAAAAAAAAAGAGAGCGAGAUAACUUAAUAUGCUUUAUGAUGUCCAGGUGCUUUGAAACAAAGCUGAUAAAGGAAAAAACCUUUUGCAGAUCUUUCCAUUGGAAAAUAUUGUAAUACAGUGCUCAUGGUGUCGUGCGUGAAGCAUUACAUGGAUUCUUGAGCUUAUGUGUGAUGUACCAUGAAUGAGGUUUAUUCAUUUAGCCAUUUCUGCUGUACUUUGAAUUUAAAGAUCUGCAUAAAUAGGGCAUGUCUAGGUUUGUAUUUUUUUUUUUUCCCAUUUACUUUUUUUAAAUGCAUUCUUUAUUUAAUGCUGUUAAGAUAAUCAUUCCCUUCUUAUUGUAUCAUAGUAUAUUAUUAUUGGAACUGUAGAAUAAACAGCACUCUUAAGUGCCUAGAUGGAUUAAGCAUCUUGAUCUAGCAGAUUACUCUUGUUAAAAUCACAUACGAGUGGACAUACUAUUGUGGUCAUGAGAGAUUUUUUUCUUUUUUUUUUUAUUCUGUUGUGCUACUAAAUUUAGCUGCUAACACUUUUAGCAACUCAAAAAUUAAGUACUCCUUGAAAAUUAAGCAGAUGUGUUGAGUCAUUUAGAACUAACUUGGAUAUAGUUAUAUUUGUCAUUGGCUGGUUUUAGGUGAUUAUUGCAACAUGUUAAUUAAAAUUACAGGGAUUAAAUAUCUGGGGGAGUACACACAACACCCUCUUGCAAGUAAACAAUGAUACUAGUAAUUUAAGAGUCACACCACAAUCUCACAUAGUUUCUUUACUACAUCUAGCUUCUUUUAGAGAGAAAAUACUCACCAACACAGAUCUACUAACCUGAGUCAUGAAGUGAUAUCUGCCGGUGUCACUCUGAGCUGGUUGGGAAUAGAAAACUACAAACCUCAAUAAAAAUGAUACAAAAUGCAAUGCCUUGUCUCAAAAUUCCUAAUUUUAUAUAAAAUAAUUGAAAUAUUUAUCAUACAACAAUUUGGAUUAAAUCGUUCAGGCUUCUUAUGUUUUGCAUUAUUUUUACUUCUACUGGUUUUGUAUUUUCAAAACUUAUAUUCAUUACUUGGCAGUAUAUUGUAUAUAUUUAUUACAUAUUCAGUCUUCAGCAUAUUUUUUAGAAAGGUAGAACUGGAAACAUAAUUGUUUCAUAUUUAUCAGAGGAAAAUGUAGAUGACAUGUACCUGUUUUCCUAUAAAUGAGGUUACGAUUUUACCUUGUUUGCCUUAAUAAAAAGUAAUAUUCUUGAAAAAGUUAAAUGCACUUUGCAAGUCUGCCUGCAAUAUUUUGUAAACCUUUUGGUUGUAUAACUUCCAUGUUGGGAUUAAUUUAUCAUUACUGGUUUUUGUUUUAUUUCACCCUCAAAUUUAUAUAUUUUACUGCAUCUGGUAAAAUUUGAGAUUUUACUGAUGAAUUCAUGAGUCGAUUUUAUAUACUUAUUUUAUAUUCUACAAAUGCAAAUGAUGGACAUAAGCUAGCUAGAGAGUGCAAUGUGACCAACAGUAAAUAAAAUAAGUGACAGGUUAAAUGUUUUUUUAUACAUAUCUGUUUCUACUCUUUAAAUCUACAUGAAGCAGAAUGAUUGAAAAAGUCAAGUAAGUUAAUACAAUUUAAAUUAUUCUGUUAAAUCAUUAAAGGUUUCAUCUGUGUUG